GGGAGGUAGGGGGUCUUUAUAGGAUAAUUAGGGGUCAGUGCCCCCUGUACGUAGAGCCGGGAAGGAAUGUGAGAGGUCUCUGGAGGGAGAGAGCUUGGGGGUCUCUGGGGAUAGAGUGAGGGGGUCUCUGGAGGGAGAGAGCUUGGGGGUCUCUGGGGGAAGUUGAAGGGUUUCUAGUGAAGGGUUGAAUUGCAGAUAUUGGGGUCUCUCAGAGGGAGGGAUUUUGGGGGUACACAGGUGGAGUGACUCCUCUCUCCCCUGUCACUAUGGUGUCUAUAGAGGACAUCUCUUGGCUAGUUCUGCUGAUUCUUCCACUUUGCACGUCUACCCACCCCGCUUCCAGGACACAGAGUGGUGAGUACACAAGGGUUAUGGGGGUAUCACUGAGAGAUCUGUACUAAGAGAGUAAUGGGGGUAUCACUGUGAAAUCUGUACCCAGAGGGUUAUAGGGGGUACCACUGUGAUAUAUUUACCGACAGGGUAUCGGGGUACCACUGAGAUAUAUUUACCGACAGGGUAUGGGGGUACCACUGUGAGAUCUUUACUGGCAGGUUAUAUAAGGUAUCACUGUGAGAUCUUUACCGACAGGGUUUUUUUUUUUAGGGGUAUCACUGUGAUCUCUGUGCCUUGGGGGUAUCACUGUGUGAUCUGUACCCAGGGGGGUUUUGGGGGUAUCACUAUGUGAUCUGUACCCAGGUUUUUUGUUGUUUUUUUUGUGGGGGUUCACUGUGUGAUCGUUACCCAGGGUUUUGGGAGGGGGGGAGGGGGCGGGGGCGGCUAUCACUGUGUGAUCUGUACCCAGCGGGGUUUUCGGGGGUAUCACUGUGUGAUCUGUACCCAGGGAGUAUCACUGUGAGAUCUUUACCAACAUGGUAUGGGGGUAUCACUGUGAGUUCAGUACACUGGGGUUUUUACGAGGUAUCACUGUGAGAUCUUUACCAACAAGGUAUGGUGGUAUCACUGUGAGAUCUGUACCCUGGAGGUAUGGGCAGGGAAUAUGCUUUUUGAAAGCAAUGUUUAAAAAUUGACAGUGAGUUUAUGGGGCUUCAUAGUAGCAGAAUGCGUUAUUGGAUACUCUAUCUCUAACUAAAUCAUAGCGUCAGGAGAAGUGACUUAAUCCCUCCAAGGUAACAUUGCACCUGUCACUGGUCCUUUUAAAGGGACACUGUAGUCACCAGAACAACCACAGCUUAUUGUUUUUGUUGUGGUGAGUAGAAUCAUUCCCUUCAGGCUUUUUGCAGUAAAGGUCUUUUCAUAGAAAACGCAGUGUUUACAUUACAGCCUAGGGAUACCUCCAGUGGCCACUCCUCAGAUGGUUACUAGAGGUGCUUCCUGGGGCAGUGCUGCAUUGAGACACUGAACUUUCCUAGAAGAUCAAUUGAUUCAAUGCAUCUCGAUGAGGAGCUGAUUUGCCAGGGCUGUGUUUGGCUUUUGCUGGCUCUGCCCCUGAUCUGGUCCUUGACCAGCUCAGCCAAUCCAAUGGUUCCAUAUGGGAAAGCAUUGUGAUUUUGCUUUGAUCACCACUUCUGAUGAUGUCAGCCAAGGAGGCAGAUCAGAGGCAGAGCCAGCACCAGCAGACUGUAAUAACGGUAAGAUUUUACUAUAUUUAGUGGGGCCAGAUGGGCUAGAUGGUGUUUUUAACACUAAAGGGUAAGGAAUACAUGUUUAUGUUCCUGACCUUAUAGUGUUCCUUUAAAUAAAGUGAGAAUUUAGUGCAUUUCAUCUUUAAAGGUACACUCCAGGCACCCAGACCACUUCUGCCCAUUGGUGUGGUAUGGGUGCCAACUCCCACCACCCUUAACCCUGCAAGUGUAAUUAUUGCAGUUUUAUAAACUGCAAUAAUCACCUUGCAAGGUUAGGUCCUCCUCUAGUGGCUAUUAGAAAGCCACUAGAGGGACUUCUGUGUUCUUAGAAGAUGUCCUGAAACUAUGCAUGAGGACCUCCAUCGUCGCCAGAAUCACCAUAGGAAAGCUUUGAAUAAUGCUUUCCUAUGGGGGGGGUCUAUUGCGUGCGCUUGCACGGCCAUUGCCUCGCAUGCGCAUUAUGUCUCCCCCGCCACCUGACGUCGAGGGACAUCGGCGCUGGAUUCAGGUAAGUCACUGAACGGGUUUUAACCCCUUCAGCAAUAUGGGAUGGGGGUGGGAGGGAGAGGGGCACUGCAGAGUCCUGCAGUGCCAGGAAAUCGGAUAUGUUUUCCUGGCACUGGAGAGUCCCUUAAAGACCAGCAUAGUCAUUAAAGCAUAACUGACUUGGGUUUAGCUAAUUUGGCCUUAAAGGGACACUAUAGGCACCCAGACCACUACAGCUCAUUGAAGUGGUCUGGGUACAGUGCCCAUAUUGCAGGGCUUGACAAAUUUGUUUGGAAUAUAGGAGCCAGCUAAAAAAGUUAGGAGCCAGUCAUUUUCAAUGAGAGUGCAAUUCUUAAAAGGACACUAUAGUCACCAGAACCACUACAGCUUGAUGUAGUUGGUCUGGUGUCUAUAGCCUGUCCCUGCAGGCGUUUCAGUGUAAACAAUGCCUUUUCUGUGAAAAGGCAGAGUUUACAUUGCUGCUUAGUAACACCUCUGAUGACAGUCACUCAGAUCGCCACUAGAGUCCUGGGUCACUGCUGCACCACGUGCAGCACCCAGGUUCAGUGUCUCCACGCGCUGAAUGUUCCUCAUAGAGAUUGAUUAAUCUAAUGCAUCUCUAUAAGGAGAUGCGACUUGGUACAUUUGCUGCGCUUGCUUUCUUGGGGUCCAGUGGGGCUGCUCUCUUCCUGUGUGCGAAGGAGCAGUACUCUGCCUGUAGCUGUUCUCUGCUCCCUCGUGCUCUGUAAUGAUGCUGGGGCUGGAAAGAUGUCAUAUUCCGGCUCCUGACAUCAUUAGACCGCGUGAGGGAGCAGAAAGCAGCUGCAAACAGAGUACUGCUCCCUCGUGCGCCGCGCACAUUGCUCCCGCGGGCGGCCGCCUCCAAUAUUCUUCAUGACGGCCGCCAUCAAAGCUCGCUCCCACACUAACUAGAGAGCUGGCAAAGCCCAGAUGCCAGGGCGACGUUUCUAGUCGCCGUGGCAAUCUUAGUGCUGCAAUGUAAAACAUUGAAGUUUUAGAGAAACUGCAAUGUUUACAUUGCAGCACUAAGACCGCAACUAGAGGCGCUUCCGGAAUGUUUCUAGACUUUUGGUCCGCUAACUGAUGCUGGACGUCCUCAGGUGCUGCGAUCAGUGAGUCAAAUAAAGCGUUUUUAAACCUUUAUUCACCACGAGAAGGGGGGGGGGGGAUGUAGGGGGGUGGCAGGAAAGCAGCUUUGUAUUACUGGCACUACAGUAUCCACUUAAACUUGAAACUCACUUUACUUUAUCAGGUCUAUUCACUAAAGUGAGAUUUUAAUCUCGCACAUUAUUAGAUUCACUUAGAUCAAGCUUUUACUUUUCCAUUCCUGGGUGCUACAGUUUAUGUUAACUCCUAAUAAUAUUUAUUGAAGUAAUUGAAAAUGUAAUGUCGACAUCCCUUAGCAGUGACUGCCUGGCACUCCAAUGUUAUAAUAAUAUAAUAAUAUAUUGGUAUGCUGUAGGUGGGGGAUUUCCUAAUUACUUUCAUUUUAGCAGGUACUUUGUGACUCCUCGAUUUAAUGAACAUAUUUAAUUCUUACAGCAGUGAAUUGUGCAUUCUGCAGUGAAGCACUUUUCCAAUACCCUAUAUAUUCUUGUUCUGAUGCAGUGCAGGGGCAACGCUGGGGUUAAACCCAUGGAAUUUUGGACACUUAAGAUGUGAAGUUUCUUCUGUUUGCAAACAUAGCUUCGUCUUGACUUCCUGGUUACGGUACAAAAUAUCAGCGACAGUCCGCUGUUGGCAUCGGUGGGGUUAAAUCAGGGACGAUUGGCCCCACUAUAGCAGAAAUUUUAAAUAAACAAGUUUCUGAUAGACGGAUUGCAGAUGGUUUGGUAAAUAGAACACAGAGUAAUACGCUCUGUGCGAAAGAAACUUCUAAAUUCCCAGACUAGACUAUUGCAUCAUUACUGAAAAUAAUUGAUCAGUUGUGCAGAUUACAGUGUUUUGCCUAAAAUAUUUGAGAUUUUCUGUGUACCUGUUACUGUUUUUAUGUAUAUGUAUUUCUGAAAUUAAGUCUAUGCUGCGGCAAAGCAUUAAUUAUUAUUUUUUGCACUGCCUAGGGUCUGCUCCCUCUCUCCCCCCUUUGCUGGAGCCAGGGACUGUCCUGACUCCCUUGCCCUUGUGCAGAUCAUGGCCAUCGUCGUCACGAUUGCGCUGUCUCAUCUUGCCAGGUUCUUUCCUCCUUGUGGGAUCUCCUGAGGGGGUUGUGUGGGCGGUGGGGGCGCUCAGUGCGAUUUAUAUCUUAACGUAACGUUUACAUAGUGUUACAGUUCUAAACUCAAGAUGAAUUAUUUUAUAAUUGUCCUGGCAGUCCUGUAUCUCUCUCUGACUUGUCCUAUUGGGGAGGUUUAUGUUGGAAAAUAUGAACCAAUAGCUACUGAGAAACCAUAACAACUGCUACUUUUUGUUUGUCUUGCUCCACAAUAGCAAAGUAUAAUGGCUGAUACUGCGUCCUGCAGUCAGAGGUUUUUGGGGUAUCUUGGAGCAAACCACAGGAUUGUUCCACCCUUUUCCAUGACAACUGCUCCAAUUUUUUUUAAAAACUUUGCCCAUAAAACCAGUUCUGGACAUUUAUUCCACACACAAUUAGAAUAAUAAUUUUACACCAAAUUCCCGAAUUUCACCCAAACCAAGCAUCGUAGGACAUUAGUUACCAAUGUUGCCUGAAGCAGAUAUUUACUAAACGGUUUACUGCGGCUGACAAGAUUUUCAAAAUAUACAGUAGAACAAGUUAAAAGAAUAUCAAACCAUUGUCAAUUCAUUGACUUUUCAGUGGGGCGGUUUGGGUAAUGUUUAAAGGAACACUAUAGUCACCAAAACAAUUUUAGCUUAAUGAAGCAGUUUUGGUGUUUAUCUCCUGCCCCUGUAGUCUCACUGCUCCAUUCUCUGCCAUUUAGGAGUUAAAUCAUCUUGUGUUUAUGCAACGCUAGCCACACCUUCCCUGACUGUGACUGAUACAGCCUGCAUGAAAACAAAAAGGUUUAGUUUUCAAUCAGAUGUUAACUUACUUUGAAAGUUAUCUCUUGCUCUGUAAAUUAAACUUUAAUUACAUACAGGAGGCUCCUGCAGGGUCUAGCAUUUUUUUUUCACAGAGCAGGAGAUAAGAAAUAAUAAAUUAAACAGAAUUUGCAGUAAGGGAAGUGUAAAUAUUAGAUGACUGUACAGGAAGUGUUUAGGAAGGCUGUGUAAGUCACAUGCAGGGAGGUGUGACUACGAUUGUAUAAACAAAGUUAGUUAACGCCUAAAUGGCAGAGACUUGAGCUGUGAGAUGGUAGGGGCAUGAUCAAUACACCAAAACUGCUUCAUUAAGCUAAAGUUGCUUUGGUGACUAUAGUGUCCCUUUUAACCUUCAGUUUGUAAAAUUGAAUGAAAUAUCUGCUCCGCUCACUGGAAGAUCUCAAAAUGGCUGAGGGUGAUGUGUCUUAAAAGCUUCAGAAAGAAGCCUGUGAAGUGAAAGUGAGUUUUAAUUAUGUUCUUCAACAUGGCACACACGGAACAGAACAUAAAGCUUUAUUACCAGCUCUGGUUUUUCCGUAGUUAUUCACUAAUUAUUACUAACUGAACAGGGAAUGGCAUAUUUUAUUGUAAAACAGCAACAGAGUAGGAAACAUAGCUUAACUUGAGAAUGUGCAUCCCAUCAUCAUUUCCCAACAAAAUCCAGUUUAGUGAAUUGGAUGUUUUGUUUGGACCCCUAACUCCCAAGAAAAGUACUGAAGUCUUAAUAUAUAAAAAAGACUGCAUUAAAUGUUGCAAUAAUAGAGUAUUGCGUUCCGCAGGACAUAUUGUAGAUCUUCGUGGAUCUUGCCAAGCUCUGCUCUCUUUUUCCCAGAGGCAUAUCGAUGUGAAAAAUUAAAAUAAUUUCCCUCCUCAUUCAUCCCCAUUGCACAAUCUAACUUUCAUAUUCUUAUUUUGAGUUCCCACUAGAAAGUUUGGGAUAUUGCCAGUCUUAGCCCGUCAGUGCCGGCUGACCGAGAAUAGCCAUAAGGCUUGCUUGUUCACAUACCCUGGUGCUUGAACUGCGUUAUUGGUGUCCAGACACAAUAUUUCCCAGCGUUUGGUUGAAGGAAAAGUACAGUCUUAUUGUGCAUGUGAAACCAACCAGGAUAAACGUUUUUCACUCUUGCAGCAUUCAUUGAGAUCAUCUUGUGUAAAAGUUGCAGUAUGCUCUAAAAGGGGCAAGUGUAUUCUUUAAAGGGACACUAUAGUCACCAGAACAACUUUAGUUUAAUGAAGCAGUUUUGGUGUAUAGAACAUGCCCCUGCAGCCUCAAUGCUCAAUCCUCUGCCAUUUAGGAGUUAAAUCCCUUUGUUUAUGAACCCUAGUCACACCUCCCUGCAUGUGACUUGCACAGCCUUCCAUAAACACUUCCUGUAAAGAGAGCCCUAUUUAGGCUUUCUUUAUUGCAAGUUCUGUUUAAUUAAGAUUUUCUUAUCCCCUGCUAUGUUAAUAGCUUGCUAGACCUUGCAAGAGCCUCCUGUAUGUGAUUAAAGUUCAAUUUAGAGAUUGAGAUACAAUUAUUUAAGGUAAAUUCAUAGCCAGGGGAGGUGUGGCUAGGGCUGCAUAAACAGAAACAAAGUGAUUUAACUCCUAAAUGACAGUAAAUUGAGCAGUGGAAUAAUCUAUACACUAAAACUGCUUUAUUUAGCUAAAGUAAUUUAGGUGACUAUAGUGUUCCUUUAAUGUUAAUUUUUAGACUUCGAUCAGUGGAAUAUUUAAAAAUCUGAAUAAAACACUUGACUCAUUACCGUGGAAACCAAUACAAUUCUAACCACAAUGAUAUAUAAAGUGGUAACCUGUUCCAUGGUGCUGUACAAUGGAUAACCAAAACAUGUAUCCAAUUGCAACAAAACUGAUUUAGCUCACAGGAUGAAGAGUAAGUGACCGUUCUACUCAAAGGAGCCUACAAUCUAAAGGAAGUGAGAAAAACAGGUAAAAAUUUCCAGGUAUUCAAAGAAAAUAUUGGUGACUAGGUGCACUAACAUAAAGACCUGGGGCCCUAAAAAAAAAUAAAAAAAUUCUCUCCCAGUAGUGAGUCCUAUCACCGCUGCUCUGCUCCACCCUGGGAGGCUGUCAGUGACCACAAUCUCCCUUUACCAACAUUUUAUUUAUUUAUAUAACUUCACUUCCAUGUGCCAAUUGCAGGUUUCCAGCUGUAAUUGGUGCAUGCGCAGUAAUUGUAACAAAUGCAGUGAUUCCCCAGUAGAAUACUUUUCAUAGACUACUACAUCCCUACUAAAGCUCCCACUACAGCUGGCUGUCCACUUAAUGGCUAGGGGAGGGUGUACCAUAACCUGUAAAUGCAAGUGAUAAAUUAAAUAAGAAGUCCCAUCAUGGCUGUAAUUUGAGGUCGGAGUUAGGUCAGUGGAAUAUAAUUCUGUGUUUAUAGUUCAGAGCUUGAUGCUGUAUUUGCCGAAAAUCUCAUUGAUAUCUAAAGUCAUUUUGUGUCCAGUGAUUCAGUAUUACUUUAUCUCCACUAUCUGUUAAAAACUGACCCCCUCAUAUAUUUUUUUUUUUAUCCACAUUUGGGGUUUUUCAAUGAACUAGGAAUUCUGAAGAAUUGAUAAGGAAACUGCAAAUCCUAUUUAAAAAAAAAAAAAAAAAAGCCAAUUUCUGCAGCCGUGGUAUUUUUCAGCUUUGGCCUAAAUUUUGCGACUUCCCUUAUUGAUUCUCCAAAAUUCCUGAUUUAGUAAAUAACCCUGCAAAUGUCUCGUUUUGAAUUAGCUUGCUGUAAAGUUUGUCUAAUUUCCCCUAAAAUCUGUUAUUUUUACAGCUACCUAUAAAAUUCCAGCGUGAGCGUGGUUAUAAAUCAAACCCUGACUAAUCUAUAUUUUAUGUAUAUGUAUAUUUUGCAUUUUAAUGUGAAUUCAUAUAAACAAACGCAUUUCUUGAUAAUCCUUACAAUAGGGCCAGUAUUCAAGCUUUGUACGGCGUCACUGGGAAGCUGGAGGAGCGAGCAAGAGAGAGCGCAUCAGUCACUGGCAGCGUCCUCUGCCAAGUUUAACUUUCCAGAGAAACUUUUAGACACAUCAUUAAUAUGAUUCAGGAUUUUGAAUAUUUCAAGUAAGAUAGGAAGCUUGUGGCUUUGCAGCAAUAAAAAGACCAAGUGUGAACAGACUCAGCAUUUUAAUGAUGCAGCAAUGUAAAUGUGAGGACUGCGUUCUGGUAAAUCUUGAAUUUUUGGAACUGGAGCUAAUUAACAAAUGACCAUUUAAGUUGCUUGCAAUAUGAGCGGUAUGUUACACACACACACAGUUUGUGUGCUGCUUAUAAUCUUUUAAAAUAACUUACCUGGAGGGGUUUUAUGCACUAAACAGUUCGUCAUGCUUUGCUGCUGAGCUGUCGGUUACGAUAAAACCUUCAAUAUUCAUUAUAACUGGCGCUAAGGAGUGAUCAAAGGCAAAAUUAAUAUUGCCACAAAAAUCACUUCUGCGGCUCUGGGGUAGGUACCUUUGAAAAAGCUGGCUACUGAGUAAUUCAUCCUUGAUCAGCUCUGCCAUUAUUUCACAUGUGGUACCCCAAUGUGAGUAGUAACCUCUAUGUUACAUACCUGUCUCUUGCUCUCUCCUAAAGGGCAGAACUCUAUUCUCUAUUCCAGCUCUGCUUCACUCCCACCUUAUUUGAUUGCUAUUCUUUGUCCUUUUGUGUUUUACACCCCACCUCCGAUAGACUGUAAGCUCGUUUGAGCACGGUCCUCUUCAACCUAUUGUUCCUGUAAGUUUUCUUGUAAUUGUCCUAUUUAUAGUUAAAUACCCCUCUCAUAUUAUUGUAAAGCGGUACGGAAUCUGUUGGCGCUAAAUAAAUGGUGAUGAUGAUGAUAAAUCUAAAAUGACUGAGCUUUUAGAUCUGACUGCUAGUUAAGUGCAGGUUCAGAGUUUAGUGAAUCCGAACAAUUCGCUUGGGAACAUUUCCUUAAAAUGUAACCAUGCACCAGGCCUCUCAGCCACUGGCACUCACAUGACUAAAUGCUGAUGAACUUUCUUUGAACACAUUUAAUAUAAAUCUCAUGGAGGGCCAUCUGCAAAUGAUAGACAUUCUUUUCGUCUUGAUAAGACAUUUGACAAAGUCCAGCAACGGAGUGCUGACGAUGUGACACUGCUAUGGGGUAAAACUUUAAAAAAAAAGGUGUAGUGUUUAUCAAUGAUAAUAUUAAGAAACCUUUUUCUCCCUUUAAUGCAUAUCGUGUUUGCAAUAUCAAAAAUAGUUUGUAAUUCCUGACCGCUACAAAGAGGUGGAAGUGGCAUUGUAGUGAUAUUAACCUUAUUAAUGACAAAGUUGUGUUCCAAUGAAUUAUUUUGCUGUGCAUUGGGCAUAUCUUUGGAUCAGAAGGUUAAAUAAGAAGAAUUCUUUAAUUUAAUGAUCUAUAUAAAGACCGUUUAGUACUGGACGUCAAAGGUUAAUGAACCAAAUCCCACUUCUAUCACCAUCUUUUCUCUGCGGUCCAUUUUGUAGUUUGGGAAGAGUGGGAUUUGUGGGGUUACUGGAAUACAUUGCCAACUUGUAUAGCACUGUUCAGAGACAGACAUAAAACAGCAGACGUGAAAAAAUGACUCAUCCAUGAUGCACUGUGUGUGGUGUUUAUUUUAAGUGUGACUAUACAAAAUAAACAAGUAUAUUGCAUGCUUGUGGUAUUUUGUAGAAGAUAUCAGUUUCCAAAUGAUGCAGAUUUAAUUUACACUAGGUUUUAAACAUUUGGUUGUAUUAUCUGAUAACUUCCAUAACCCUGAAGGUUUCAAUGCUGUGUGGUUUCAAUGCCUAAGUGUGUGGGUGUGUUUUGUAAUACAACCAUGUGGCUUAGUUCCACAUUUUGAAGAUUACGGUGUAGUGUGACAAAAUACUAUGUUACAUAAAGAGUAGUUUAUACCUGGAAUUGGCUUCCAGUGGAAUUGGUAAAGUAAAGGCUAACCAUGCAGUAGAACGUGGAGUAGAUACCUGAAAUAUCUCUCCAGUGGAAGCCGUACAGGCUGACUGUGAUAUAGAAAGGGUAGUAGAUACAUGGAAUGGCUUUCCAAAGAAAUCUGCCAAGGCUUUACAUUGUAAAGACCACUUCUGUUUUUUUAUUUUAUAUAUAUAUUUAUUUUUUGUGUGCAGAAAAAUGUAUAACAAAGAUUGCAAUGCCAAAAAAUAAAGAAUCGUGUUCUAUAGCACAGUUAUGACAUAGAACACGAUCGGGGAUAUUAACUACAAUGAGAAUUGCUUGGAAUUCAAAGUUAAUUUCCAAUUUAAAGACAAAAUAGCCAAACUAAAAACAGACGUGGAGAAUUUUCAAAUUUGGCUACUUUGGGCAAAAUGUUUGUUUAAUUCUCACUUGAGUAAAUACCUCAAUUUUAGCAUAGUUGUCAAUGUAAAAAUGAUGUAGGGUUAAUUUUUGCUGUGGUACCUUGUAAAAAUUGUAUUUUGGUUUUGUAAGGGAUCAUUUUGGCAUUGUUUGAACAAGUUAUUGAGUGUGUCUCUCUGUCUACCUGCACCCGCAAAUCCUCUGUACCCUGAAGGAACCAGCAGCAAAGGGUUAAGGAGUCCUUCCAAGUCUAUAGUUAGGGUGUCUGGGAUUCAAUUGUAAUUGGACAUUCCAAGCACCUAAAGCAAUUUAGCUUGCUGAAGUACUUAAAAAGUGCAGAUUUAAAUUAAAAUUUUACCUUUUAUAACUAAAUCUUGUUACAACCCCAACUGUUGAUAAAACAGUUUGUCCUGUUACUUCCUGGUUGUUAAGCUCAGUGGAGCUAAUCUCAAGAGGCUGCAAUUGCCCAGAGUACCUGCCUCGUAAAGACUGUUGUUAUGCGUUAUGUGAUUGUUUUCAUUGUGGGUAUAUCUACUGUCUACUAAAGUUGUUUGUUUGAUAGACAGGUGAGUGUCCCUUUAUAAAGACAAUGUUUCAUUUAUUUUUUUGGCUGUUACCCUGGUAACAAGUCAGUCUGAGGUUUCCUAGUGGGCAGACUAGCUGUGCUGUUUGGGCGGUCUGCCUAUAGAGGUUAUUAGUUACAUGAUUGCUAUUCUUUUCAGCCCUGGGACAGGUGAUAAAUUAUUAACUCUUUCUGUUAUACAGGUGUUGAUGAAUGUGCUGAGGGAAUUGACGGAUGCCACAUUGAUGCCAUCUGCCAAAAUACUCCCAACUCCUAUAAAUGUAUUUGCAAGACCGGCUUCAAAGGGGACGGUACGACGUGUGAAGGUAAGAUGCGGACACUGACAUUUCUCUAUUAGACGGCAUUUCUAAAGUCUUUUUUCUUUUUUUUAACCUUCAGUUUAUCUUCAAGCCAGUUAAAUGACAUUAAGGGUCAGGGUGGAUUCUUGAGAAAAGUUACAACAUUUACACUAAAAUAUCAUAUUUAGAAAAUAAAAGCUGUAAAAAUCACAGAAUGUGCCAGCUUAUUCUUAAAUCACUGUUUAGUUAAUAGGGCCUGCUGUGAUUUGCUUUUUUUAUGAUUGUCAAAGGCCUCUAACAGCUGAAUGAGAAUCUAUUUCAGGGUUAUUCACUAAACUGUAAAUUGAAGGUGUAUUGCAAACUUUAGACCAAAAUAUGACUAAAAGGAAUCUGCCAUCUUAGCCUGAUUAUUUUUUUGUCAAUUCUCCUCAUUAAAUCAUUGAGGGAAAUGUAGUAGAUGUAGUAAUACGAUUAACCAUCACUGGUUUAUGAUUUGAUUUCGGCUGAGGGUUUUAGGAGUUGUACCAUAGCAUUUGGAAGGGUUCUAAAUGGCCAAACUUUAAUCACGUAGAAGGCAUUGGAAAAGCAGUUUUAUACAUCCCAGCAGUUUGAGGAAUAGGGGGAUAAUUUAACCCUUUAUUUACUGACACAGAGUGGUCCGAGUGCAUUGCCAAAAAUGUACUUAUUAGCUAGAGUGUGUUCCUCUGCACUCCAAUUAAACGGUACCACAAAAACCUCAAUUUGCAAGACAAUCCUAGUUAGAAGUCACAGCAAGUGUGCCCUGAGCCGCUUGUGCCAGAGACCUGCUCAUCCAUCAUGCAGACUCUCUCUUUAUUGUGCAGACAUUGAUGAAUGUGAUAAUGAUUACAAUGGGGACUGCGUCCACGAGUGUACCAACAUUCCCGGAAAUUACCGAUGCACCUGCUACGAUGGCUUCAAGUUGGCACACGAUGGGCACAACUGCUUAGGUAAGACUGCUUAUUAACCAGCUGUGUACUCAUUGCUGUGGCAAUGGACUCGGCACUGUACAGUGCUCUUGCCGACUGCUGCACAUUCUACAAUACCACAAAUGAUUUCAUCUGUUGAAUGUAUGUCACUAUAAAGAGAAACAUGUAUAUUUUCAAAAAUUUCCUUUUAUACCAGAUUUAGAUUUGUGAAAUUUUUUUUUUUUUUAAAUUCUCUUCUCCUAAAGCACCAACAUAUGUUGAGGUGCUGUACAACUUAAUAUUUGUUUAUACUCCGUGUGGGUUUAGUUUGCAGACACCUCCACAGUAAAAUAAGCGCUACGGAAUCUGUUGGCACUAUAUAAAUGGCAAUAAUAAUAAAAUAAUAAUAUAAUCAAAUGUACACUUAAACAGCCUAAAUUGCUGCAAAAUCAUUUUUGAUUAACCGAGCUCAGAUUUCCUGUAAGUGGAGUAAAAUCUGUGCUGUGCCUGGUACAAAUCACAUGUUCCAAUUUCUUAUUUCUACAGAAAGCACAAGUUGGCACGUAGACAUUUUAGACCUGUUUUUUUUCCCUAUUUAGAAGAUACAAUAUUUGAUUAUAUAUUAAAGUAUCUGACGUAUUUGUCUUUCCCAAUUACAAUAAUCCAAUUUAUCAGAGUCUUAAAUAGCCCAAAAAAUACAUGUUUGAUAAGAUUUCAUCCCGAUCCUUUUACUGUUUCCAUGAAUUUUUCCUUUAAUCAUUUAAAUUCCAUCACUCAGACCAGUUAAUAUCACACAGACCGAUAUGGCUGAGAGGCAAUAAUCAGAACACAACGGUCCAGGUAUUGAGAUUCUGACAAUUACUCUCAGCUCUGCCUCUAUUGUCAGGAGAAUGCCACAAUGGCCACCUGAUGGGCUUUCAAGGCCCAUCCCAAGUCAAUUUCUUCACACUUGCGGAGAAAGCCCGGGCUGAUGGCGUUAGUGACAGCAAUAAACCUUAAUGAGCUCACUCUCUUUGAAGACAUCAAUGAAUAAUAUCCCUCUAUUGUAUCAGGCUCUGCUGAGCUGUAAAGGCCUGGCGGGGCCCAGCAGGGAGUCGCUGGCUUUGUUAAAUGAAGUUAAUUCUUACUGUGCAUAUUAAGGUGAAAAGCUAAGAAUGGGGCCAUUUCUCUGCCCUGCUAACCAGGUAUGGCAUCCUAUUUAACCCCUGUGUGCCCUGCUGAGAACGCCAUCAUCAAAAAUGGAAAUUGAUGUAAAAUGGUAUUGAUAUUAAACAGUUUAAAACAGAUCAAAUCUAAUCAUUCCAACAAUAUGCAUCUAGUCUGUCCGUUAGGACAUUUCAGCUACGUAUCUAGUGAGCUCAAAGACACUAACACUCUCAAAAGUGAAAAUGGUUGAGAAGUCCCCCUUGGGCCCAGAAACUCAUGUUUCCAUAACUAUCCCAGAGUUCCCAGCUUCACAUGCAAAUGAGGCACUGUUUUCAGACCAUCCGCAACUAGAAUCCAGCCAUGAACAGUAGUUUGUAUCUUGUGGGUCUCAUUAGUAUGGUGCUAGUUCUAGUCUGGGAAGUUUUUGUUUUUUAUUGCAGAAUAACCUGAUAAUCAGCCCAAUAAUCCUUCUAUUCCUUUACUGUAUUAUGUUUACAGCUUCCUCUGGAUGUCUUUUCUAGAUACCUAUUACCCUUUCUGGAAAGCAGCAGUUCUUCACCUUAUAAUUCCUCAGAUAUCAAUAUUUAUUUCAUGCUCUGUUUUCUAGCUCCCCCUCUUUAAGAGCUCACUUUAGCAGACUGCGGAUAGCAGGCUUUUUAGCAUGUCUGAAGGCCCAUUUGUUUUAAGGUCACAUUUAAUUUCCAAGUCUAUCCUGGGCAAUGCAUGUAGGUUAGCAGAGCUGAUGAAUCUUUGCCCAGGUUUGUGUGAGCUUCCUUUUUUGGUCUGUGAAAUGCGUCUGUCGUCGAUAUAAACCGUAUUGCCUUUUGCCUUCUAGAUGUGGACGAAUGCCAGUCUAAUAAUGGUGGCUGCCAGCAAACCUGCAUUAACAGCAUGGGCAGCUACGAAUGCCACUGCAGAAAAGGAUUCUUCCUGAGUGACAAUCAGCACACCUGCAUCCAGCGUUCUGAAGGUAAGACUGGGGCUGGCUGAGAUUGAUGGGAGGUGGUGACUCUAUUAAUGGACUUUGCUUUAAAACAUGUAGCUCUGUAGUAUAUUGUGUUACAUUGUAAUGCUGACUGUGUCUUAAUGUGUGGACGCAGGCCUCUUGUAACGUGUCGGUGUGUCAGUACACAUGUGUGAUGGUCAGUGGUAAGGAGUAAAAGGUUUGGAGAGUCCCUGCUCAAACAAGCCUGCAAUGAAGGCGAGGUUCAGUUGAACAGACGAGCAUCCAGUAGAAAGGCCACUAGUCGUACGGUCUGUAUACAUACCAGGGCCAUGUAACCAGACUCUGCUUGACAUCUGAAUUGGAGAAGAUAUAUCUUGGGGAGAUGGAAAGAGCCAGGGAAAUAUGGGUGGGAAUAUGAGAUAUGGAUAUUUAAUUUAGGGAUAUAUAGACCUGAGACCAGUAUGCGAUUGAGUUAUGUAAUGUUGGAAGGACUGAGUGCAGAGUUUUUUGUUUGUGUUUUGUAUUUUUUUUUUUUUGUAAAACUUUUUAAAAAAAAAUUUUUUUUAAAGAGAAAUGUGGUUGGUUGGAUGUGGGAGAGCUUAUUUUUGUGCUAGAGGGUUAGGAGUGAAAAUAUAUGGAGUUGGAAAGGAACCAAGGGUUGUGGGGUCAGUAGGAAACAUUUUGCUAAAUGCACAUUAGAGAACCCUCUCUGGAGUUUAUUAACCAUUUAAACUAAACACAUAUGUACAAUGUCUCGGUCAGUAUGAAACCGUUUAUCAUUCUUGGAUUUCAGUGCCAUGCCUCUCGAUCACCGAACUCCUUCAUAAACACUGCCCCUCUACCUGUUCAACAGCCCUACACUUCACAGAGUGAGCAGGCUCAGAGGAAUUUACUUUAGUUAACAAAAACGAAAUGGUUAAUUCUCGGAAUGUUUUCCUAACGCCUCUCUAUUCCUUGACAGAUCACAUUGCCCUUGUUAGCCCAGAAAAAAAAAUUGUAAGAAAAGCAGUGGCGUUAAUAAGGCUAAUUUGUGAUCGUCUCUGCUCGGUAGGUUUUUGAUUGACAGCAUAAUGACCAAUAGGAGCUUUCAUGUUUUGUGUGUUUGGCUGGCUGGAGAAUCAUUGUCUGAGUGGAUUUCUCCCUGUGGGAACGGAAUCAAGAAGUCAGCGAAGCAGACUAAUGGAGAGAGCUCUGUGUCAACCCCUUUGUUGACUAAAGUCUGUUUAAUAAGUUAAGAAUACUGAAUAGUGUGUCAGCUUCUGCGUACUCUGGCCAAGAGCUUAAUUAAGCACUGAUUGAAAUUUCACUUACUCUUCCCUUUCUUUUCUUUUAUCUCGUUAAGUGGUUUAUAAUCACACUUAAACCUCUUCUACCAUAAAAAUGUUAAAUGUUUGGCCUUUUCUUGCACAAGCUGUGCAGUUUUUAAUGUUAACAAAAACGUCUCAAAAUAUCUAGCAGAGAAACGUGCAAAUCAUUGUCCUGACUUGCUCACAUUACUAUUACUAAUUUAUAUAGCGCCAACUAAUCCUACGUGCUGUACCAUGGGCAAACAAGAGUCCAAAUAAAAUUAGGCACUAUGGAAAAGAGACGGAUCCUUCCUAAAUGAGCUUCAAUCUAAAGUGUGAAUGAUUCCACAGGUAGUACAGUGCAAAGUAUCAAAAAGGGGAGAGAGAGAGAGGUGAGAUGGGUAGACUGCUAGAGAAACCAUAAUUUAUCUAGUAAUUCAUAAAGAAAUGGGGAAGUCCAAUUGAUCAUUGAGAGGAAUUCUAUGUUGCCCUAGAGUCGUCCAGAGAGGCUGGUUAGAAAAGAUGAGUGGCUCGGCAGAGCUGUCAGGUUACAAGCACUGAGCCGAUAAUGGUCUUGCCGGGAGAAUGUGUUAUUAGGGUGUAGUAACUUAGAUGCACAGAAGGAGCGCAGCACAGCCGUUUAAGCACAGGAUAGCAGAUGUAGGGUAAGAUCUCUUCAACGUGCACGUUUUUACUAAAACAAACCAACAAGUCUCAAACUCUGCCACCUUAUUGCAUUUUACCAGCUCUGCUGGAAGGAUAUUCUUUGUAUCUACAACUAUGUCUGCAAAUAAUCUUUUCCGAAUGAUCUCUCUAAAUUUCCCUCCCUCAAACUUUACCUAGUGUAUUCUUGUUCUAACUUCACCCUUGAAUGCUUUUGAAAUCCCUUGAUCUUUAAUUUUUCCCUUUCAAUUAUUCAUUCCCCUCCAUCCCUUUCCCUCUCUAAUCAAUAGGGAAGCACUGAGAGUGUACACAUGAUGGAGCUGAGGUGUAAUUUAGGAGUUCACAUGGGGAUACUGAAAAUGAAGGACUCUCUGCAUCAUUUAUAGUUGAGAAAUGUCUUAUGACGGCAGAUAAUUCCCCUUCUUGUAUAAUUCAGACUGCUUAUUUUGUUCCUAGGGUACACUGUUCUUGCAGGCCUCACUUUUUUUUUUACUGGGGCAACAGCAAGGCGUGGGUCAUUAGAGGAACAGCUGGGGCAGUAAAGAUCCCUCCUGGGUCAGGGAUCAGCUGGGAGAUUAAACGGUACAUGUGUAAUUUAGAAUAGUAGCUGGAGGCAGACGCUCUGUGCUUGAUGGAGACGCCAAAGGGAGGGUUGGCCUUGGAGGGAGCAGGUGUCUUGCACAGAGAGCCUGGUUAGAAUCCCAGAAAGACUGUGGUUUUGAAGGAUAAACACUUACACAAAAUAGCAGAAUAAAAACCACUCGUUGGUAAUUUACAACGAGGGAUUGAAUUCCACAAAAAUAAGAGUUGCAGACGUUCAGGUUAUAUAUGAGAGCUAGAGACUGAGAGUUCACGGUUAGAACCAGGUUCAGAAAUCUAAUCCGUUCACAGAUGUAGUCCAUUACUUUUUCCCCUUUUCUUUCCAUUCAUGGAAAAUGCAUUGUAUAUAAGGGUCCAUCUAAUAUAGAGGUCAGCUACAGCUUCAGAAAUGUUCCACCAGUUCUGACCGGGCCAGAGCUUAGUACCCACAAACCUCAUGGGUGAAGAAAACAGACCCUUAAGCACUCAUUCAGGAAGGCAGACGAGGAGGGCACUUUCUCCUUAACUACAUGCUAGUCCUUAUAGUGGUUUUUAAGUCAGUGGUGCCCUUAUGCAUAUUCUCACUAGUCACUUAAAAGGACACUUCUAUGCCCAAAUACAAAAAUAUUAGUGCUUAUUAGAUAUAACCUAAAUGAAAACUUGCAUGUAUUUAAUUAUGCAUUUUUUCUAUUGGGCUGUAGGUCUAAAACCAGCUUGUAAAAGCUACAGAUCUCUUUUCUGCAGCCAUUGCAGCCCACCCCUUCUAGCCCCACCAGACUGUCUGUGACUGUCCAAUCAGACUUCCAAAUGCAGCUCAAUGAGAAGUCUUUGCAAGGCAGGUGCUCUGAGCAGUUGCUGCCUCUUAAGUUUAACUCCACUGAGCAACCAAACCAAGAAGUAACAGGGCCAAUUGUCUGACAGCCAUGGGGUUUAACAAGGUUUUAUAAAAGUGUCAGUUUUUAUUAAUACCUGCACUUUAUGCAAAAUGAGGAGGGGGGGGAGAGGGGAGAGGAGGAAGGGCAUGAUCUUUACACAUAGAGCAUCUCCGCAGCUACACAGAUUUAGAUAUAGUGUCCCUUUAAACAUGGAUCAUUUGGGAUUCCCUCUAUCUCUACCUAUGUAUCAGCACAGUUUAUGAGAAAAUAAGAGAUUAAAAUCGUUUAAGUCUUCCUUCAUGUAUCUCUACAUUUAUCUGAGUGGAUAGUGAAUUGGUGAUAUCUGUCUCGAAACGUGUAACGAGCUGAAAACACUGUAUUCAUUUAAAGGUGGAUGUCCUUCUAUGUCUUGGACAGGUUGGUAUGUACGUUGAUAUCUCCAUCUCCUUUGUCUUAAUCCAGCUUGAUACCUCAUUCUGCCUUAAUGCAACAUCUCCACCUACUUCGAUCCAUCUUAUUUAUCCCCAUUUACCUUGUCCACAUAUAUUUCCAUUAACCUCGGUAUGUAAAUCUACCACAAUGUCCCUUUCUUUAUCCAACUUGAUAUGUCCAUUGUCUUCCUCUUCUUAAUUCUAUCCGUCAUCUUCUGGCCAUCAGAUUUAUUUCUCAAAGUCCAGAAACCCCUCACUAUCAUGGUAGUGGCCUUGCCUGUCUAUUGGUUUAAUGGAUGGAUUUCUAGUACUGCACACAGCUUUUAGUGAGAGCUCUGUUUACAUAUAACUCUGUUAAUUCACAGGUUUUGUGAUGAUUUUGAGCAACAGACAAAUCCCUAAGAGAUAUAAUGCGUCCAUUUCCACCAAGUCCAUCCCACACAUUUAUUAAUUCUUACUUGCAGAAGUCUUGAAAACCUCAAUACUGGCAUUUGAAUAAAACAAUCUGGACCCUCUGUCCAUCUCUCCUUAGGAUUCUAGAAUUUUGGUGACCUGUGCUCUCUCCAGUUCAUGAAGUCUUUACCAUCACUAAGAAAAACUUUUUAAAUGCUGAACUUGUAACCCUAUGACUCAGGAUUGCCAAUUCUCCCACCCCCCCCCUCCACCCCCCCCAAAAAAAAACUGAUCCAGAAAUGUUGUGGAAGAUAUUUAAGAAGCCGGAGUCUUUUUUACAAUCUGCUAAGGCUCUGUGUUAAGUUCUUUUAAUUACUCGUUUUGGCGUGAUGGUUGAACGCCCCCAAGAAAUCUGUUUUCUUAAGCAGAAUUUGAGUAGUUCAGAAAAAAAGUGUAUUAUUAAUGGCCGCAUUACCCGCAUUUUCUGGUAUCACACCGUAUUUACUUUGGAUGCUUUUGAAGCCAACAUCAACUUCUCCUCGUUUCGAGCUUUAUGGCCUGUGGUCAUCCCUAAAAACAGAAGGUCAAUAAAAUAAACCAUCCGAGCAGAUUCAGAGACGUCUAAAUUAUCACAAGGUUUCAAGUGUCUGACUACCAGUUUCACUUUUCUCUCCUUAUUGGCAGCAAAAGUGUUUCUUACAAUUAAAGGAUCACCUUUCGUGUCGGUCUGGACAAACGUGCAAAUUAUAUAGACGGAUCAGUCUUCUUCCAAAUUUCACAGUAUCUUCGUUACAUUUAUUCUGGCCUUGGAGCAGACUAAAUAAGGUCCAAACCAGCAGUUUUUAAAGUGUUUUUUUUUUUUGUUUUUUUUUAUCUGUAAAGCAGAAAAAUACAUAAAAACCCUAAAUCACAACUCAAACAAUAAGCAGAAUGUCUCUUUGUAGUUUAAUUCAUGUUGGGCCAACAAGGUUAGUCAGCAUGGCGGUCCAGUGAUGGAAUUGGGCGUUUAAAAAUAGAUUUAAGUAGUAGGGUUUUUUUUUUUUUUUUGUAUAUAUAAAUAUAUAGCUUUAUUUCCUUAUGUAUUGUCAUUAGUUUUGCUUUUGAAAGGGCACAUACAAGGCACUGUAUGCAAAUUAUCAUAUCUUCCCCAUGUUCCUGUUUAUAUAAGUAAAAUAUUAUAUAUUUUAUAUUGUAGUAUUUAUAUAAGUAAAACAUUGCCCUCUGCAUUUUGUGGAAUUUUUUAAAAAAGUUCCAGCUGUUCCCUGAAGUUGUAUACCAGCGGAAAAAAUACGAUUUGUCAGACUAUAGUUUUAUUUUAAAAAAAUUAAAAAUUGGGCCAAUGACAAACAAAAUAAUUUCUUUUAUGUUCCGAUUCACAAAUAUUCUUAUCUAAAACAUGACAGCUUCACUUUGAACAUGUUACAGAUUUUUGGGAAGUGUGUACAAUCAUUGCAUGUUUCUAUGAAGUGGAAAUUUUAUCUGGGUAGAAUACAGAACUGCUGCAGAGUGUAGCACUGGCCCAGGCAAUGGUCAGCAAUCUCGCUGCAAGUAAACAAGUCAUCAAUCUGUGCGGGGCAUCUUGUGAAACAAUUUGUUGGAAGCCAGAAGAGAAGUCUUAAUGCGAAGCGCGAGGCUUAUUCUGUUCUGUAAUGAGACAUGAGAUCCUGGCAUGUAAAUUGCUGGCAGAUUUAUUGGUGAAACUGCGCAAAACAAAGGACGUUUUUACGAUGGCUUAGGGUAAAGCCCCCAUUGGGUUACAUGAUGGCAGUAGUCCGUGACUGGCCAUCCGAUGAGUCUGAGUUGUCCCAGUGACUGCUAAACAAUGCUGCUUUUAUGCUUUCCUACAAAACCAACCAACACUGCUUUAACCUCCUAUGUUCCACUGCGUAACCUUUAAGAAGAUUUGUUGAAAUUUUAGAAUUCUUAAAGGUUCCCUAUUUAUGAUGAUGCAUUUAGAAAGAGAUCCUAAAUAAAUAGCAAAAACACUUGACUCUUACUAUUUCAGCAAAUCUGCAGCAGAUUCAACUGGUUGAGAUUCCUCAGCUGGCCUUGUACUCUUAUAGUUACCAUUUAGAAUGCUGUUCAUAUUGCAUAAAAUCCCUUCAAUUUAGGUUUAUGAGCUAUGUAAUCCUGUAGUUGACAGUAGCUACUUUCAUGAAAAUACAUUAAAGGGACACUAUAGUCACCAGAAAAACUAUAGCUUAAUGUAGUUGUUCUGGUGAGUAUAAUCAUUGCCUUUAGGCAUUUUCAUGCAAACACUGCCUUUUCGGAGAAAAGACAGUGUUUACAUUGCCCCUGGGGACACCAAGUGGCCACUCCUCAGAUGGCCACUGGAGGUGCUUCCUGGCUCAGUGCUGUACAGUAGGCAGCAGUGCCGUUCAGCGUCUCCACACUCUGCAUGGGGACGCUAAAUUUUCCUCAUAGAGAUUCAAUACAUCUCUAUGAGGAGGUGUUGAUUGGCCAAAACGGCGUUUGCCCCUGCCCCCUUGCAGAUUUUGGCCAAUCCAAUGUUUUCCCCAGUGGAAAGCAUUGGAUUAGCUAAAAAUCGGCAAUGCUGAUGAUGUCACCAAGGGGCCGCAGCCAGUGCCGGCGGACCCGCACGGCGCUUGAAAUAAGGUGAUUUUUUUUCAUGCUUUUAAAGGGGGGUAAGGGGGAGCAAGCCACUAUAGCACUAUAGGGUCAGGAAUACAUGUUUGUGUUCCUUUAACUGAAUUUGCUCAUCAAGCAAAUCAAAACUACAAUGAAGCUUGGGUUAGGAUUCUAAACACCUUAAUGCAUGUGUGUGGUGUGUUUGGUUUGGUUUGUUUUUUUUAAUUCUGAAUGAAGGUAAUUUUGCACUGUGUAUUGGAGCAGUGUCUGCACAGGCUUGUCCAUAGAAAUCUAGGAGAGCAUUUGUCACUUACAUUUUGUACAUUCAUGUGCCAUGUUUGCAUAUAAGUGCUUGUACAAGCAGGGGAAGCAUGGCUACCUUUUUAAUUUAAUGCCAUUAUAAUUAACAGGUUUGGGUGCUACUUAAUUCGUAGCCUGUGCAAGGGGCUGUAGUUGUUAAUGACUGUCCUUUUUAAUGGGAAAUUUACUGGUGUGGUGAUCUAGUGAUUGAUCACUUUGAUCAGACUUUCAUUCAUUUUGUUUCUAGGAGUCUGAGUUCCUAGUCAUGGCAAAAAAAACAACAAUUAAAAUCUUCAGGUAGGGGUAUUCUUUCACAAUUUUCUUCUAUUAAAUCCUGCUUUUCUACAAGUAUGGCAAGUUGAUAAAAGCAGCCUUUUUUUGCUGUCAUGCAACUAUUUUUUUUAUAAAGCACAGAAAACUGCAUACUUUUGUUGAGUAUUUUAGGAAUACUGAAGUGUUAGCUGACUUUCAGCACUCUGGCAAUGAGAUGGUUAAACUGAAUGGGAUCGGUUUUCACUCAUGCUAUCCUGUGUUUUUUUUUGUUUUUUUUUUAGAAGGACUGAGUUGUAUGAACAAGGAUCACGGAUGCGCGCAGAUCUGCAGGGAAGCCCCUCGCGUUGGCGUAUCGUGUGAUUGUCGACCUGGAUUUGAACUGGCAAAAAAUCUACGAGAUUGCAUCUGUAAGUAUAAAAUCUUGUAAGUCAGACCUGGUGGCAUUGAGCUAGUUAAUGUUACAGGUGUGUAGUGCUUGCCUGUAAGCAUUGUUUCAUUAUUCACAGAUUGGCAGAUUCCCUCUAUUCAACAGUUUCUGGGAAUUAAUAAGUGUUGUAAUGACCUGGUUAGUUUAUCAUUUCUUGGGUCAUCAAUGGUCUUCCCUAACCUCCCUGUGACUCCUUCAAAAGCCUGAACACACAGAGUAAAAUUACUCUUUGAUGAUAAAUUUAGUGCAGUUUAAGUAAUAUUGAAAGUCUGCCAAAUGUUUGUAGCAUCCUACUUUAAACAUGAAAAUAUACACAUUGCUAAACACAUGUCAAAGUACAUGCUACCUCUAGCUGUGCCAGUGGCGGAUCCAGAGCCUGAUCUCGGGAGGGGCACUUGUAGAUUAUUUAAAGAAAUAAUCCAGACACAAUAACCACUACAGCUCAGUGUAGUGGUUAUGGUGUCAAUAGUGCCGGGACCCCCUCCCACAGUAAGUAGUCAAACCGUUUAAGAACAGUUUGACAACUUACCUGAGAUCUGCUGGGAAAUGGGGCUGUAGUAGGGCAUAGGAGCAGUGGUGUGUGUGUGAGUGGUGCAAUGUGUAAGGGGUGCAGUGUGUGUGUGUGUGAAGGUUGUAGUGUGUGAGUGAGGGCUGCAGUGUAUGUGUGGGACAGUAUGCGUGUGUGUAACAGUUGCAGUGUGUGUGUAUGGGGGGGGCAGUAUGUGUGUAUGGGGGGCAAUGUAUGUGUGUGGCUUUUUUUUUAUUUUUAUAUAAUAUUUUUUAUUUAAUUAAAAUAAAUAUCCUUCUUACCUUUACUGGGGAGGAGGGGGGACAUAUUUCGAUCCCUGGUGGUCCGGUGGGGAAUCCCUGGUGGUCCAGUGGGGAAUCCCUGGUGGUCCAGUGUGGAGAGUGAACUCUAGCCCGCGCUCCAGGAGAGGAGGACCCGGAGGAGCCGCAGCCUGAGCACCCGGGUCCUCUCUCCUCCCUCUCCCUCCCCUGCCGGCUGUAAGCACAGUGCCUGCGGACCGGGGAGGGAGAUCUCUGAUCUCCCCUCCGGUCAGCAGGCACAUUGCAGGGCUAGCACCUGCAUGUGCUGACAGGGGAGAGGGGAGGGGAGGGCAGAUCCGCCACUGAGCUGUGCUGGGGUACAUCUCUUCCAGAGUUUGCAUUUGUUAUCUAGAUGGGAUACUGCAGUACAUGUUUAACCAGUUUCUAAAUUGUUCUAUAUUGUGGCACCAAUAAGCUGACCAGUUAGCCUUAUUAAGCUGAUCUCCGCCAUGGAGGAUUGGGAGAGGGAUGGGGGCGGCAUGACGGAGGAGGAUUGGGAGAGGGAUGGGGGCGGCAUGAUGGAGGAGGAUUGGGAGAGGGAUGGGGGCGGUAUGAUGGAGGAUUGGGAGAGGGAUGGGGGCAUGACGGAGGAUUGGGAGAGGGAUGGGGCUGCAUGUGGGAGGAGGAUUGAGAGGGAUGGGGGCAUGGAGGAGGAUUGGGAGAGGGAUGGGGGCUGACAGGAGGAGGAUUGGGAGGGAGGAGGGGGCGGCGGAGGAGGAUUGGGAGAGGGAUAGAGGCUGUGGAGGAGGACGAUGAGGCUAUAGGAGGAGGAUUGGAGGAGGGAUGGGGGCGGUAUGGAGGAGGGAUGGGAGGAGGAGGCGGAGGAGGAUUGGGAGAGGAUGAGGCGAGGAGGAUUGAGGAGGAGGAUUGGGAGGGAUGGGGCCAUGGGGCGGAGGAGGAUUGGGAGGAGAGGAUGAUGGAGGCGGUAUGAUGGAGGAGGAUUGGGAGAGGGUAUUAUGGAGGAUUGGGAGAGGGGUGGGGGCGGUAUGAAGGAGGAAGAUAUGUUGAUUAAGAGCAAUGCAUUAAUGGGAAGAACAGCUAUAAAGAAGUGGUGUAGACUGACGCAGGGAGAUGAAGAUUGGGAUGGGAGCGCUACAAUGGAGUGGGAUGGGGAAGGGUGAUGCGAAGGAUGGAAAAAUAAUUAAAAAAUAUAUAUAUUCCUGACGCUUUUAGUUUUAUGUAAUACAUGUCUGUUACAGGGGACAUAAAUCCCCAUUAACACUAUGCCUUGGGCAAGAUCCCAUGUAAAGCAGAGUAGUUGCUUGGAAGGCAAUGGAAUCUCAAACAGAACACAAAAAUGAAUUCAUAAUCUUAAUGUUUGUUUCUUUGUAAGGCGAUUUAUUCACUUAUUAAUUUACCUUUUUAUUUAUUCACAGUAGCAAUGGGGAAUGUUUAAUUUAUGCCUUUUUUAUAGAUUUUUGCAAAUUCUUUAUAACCAUCCAAACUCCAACUGUUUAGUGAAUAUUGUGCAGGAAACCUGGAUAUUUAGUGACUACAUUUAAUAAUUACAAGCAAUUUUAGGUUUUUGUGUCGUUCCCCCCCCCCCCCACAGUUUGUGCACUAACAUGCUUAUACCACUGUAAAGUAUAGCUCAUAAAUGUUUGUUUGAGAGAGAACACCAGUUUUUCUCUUAAAAUGCAGUUUGAGAUUGCAGUUACAGAGCAGUCCCGAACCUUCCAGUCCAACAAGGAUUCCAUGUUGAAGUUGACUUUUUUUGUAAAAAAAAAUUUUUUUAAAGUGCUUGGGAAAUAGCCUUGUCCUUUGGGAAAGACGUUGAAAUUAAAUAAACAACGUUUUGGGUCAGAGAAUGUGUUCCAUCAAUUUAGUGAGGCGAAGGGUCAGGGAGAAGGGCCCAUCUCAAGUUUCUCCAUAAUGAAGGUACAAGACAGAUCAUUAAAGGGCUGGCUCUGUGACACUGCUUAUAUUGCAAGAACAACAUACAUUUUUCGUAUUCUGCUCCUUGAGAAACAGAAAGGGAGAAUGUUACUGUCAAAACAGCAAGGGCGAGUGAUUCCCUUAAAGCAAACACUCCGUGCAAGUAGUCAGGGUAAUGAGGUACUUGCUGAAUCCAUCACACGUUGGCUUCAAAUAAAUCUUUCAUGGGACUUUUCAAAGAACUUAAAGCCACUCUGGGUAUGGCGUGUGCUGGCUUGGUGCCUCUCUGGGUAUGCUGGCUUGAAGGGAUUUUAUUUAUUUUAUUUGGGCAGUGCAGUGUUUAACGCCACUCUUGGUACAGUGUGUUGGCUUAAUGCCACUCUGGGUAUGGAGUGUUGGCUUAACACAACAGAUAAUUAAUGAUUAUACUUUUGAUAGAUGGCUGCAGAAAUCUUUUAGUAGCAUCAAAUAUUUUAAUGGCAAUUUUUUCCCCCCCCCCAGUAACCUGUAACCAUGGAAAUGGAGGAUGUCAGCACAUAUGUAAUGACACAGACACGGGUCCUGUUUGUUCCUGUCACCCAAAGUAUACUAUGCAUCCCAAUGGAAAGUCCUGCAUCGGUGAGGAGUCCUACCCUGUAUAAAGCUUCUCUAUUGCAUUUAUUUAUUCUUACUCUCUAUGUACAAAUUCUAAAUUGUAGAGGUUAGACCAGUUUUCUUCUCUCAGCCUUCGUAAAUGUUAAUAGAAAUCCGCUAUUUAAGAGUAAACGGAGUAAGAACUUCAUCGGACUUUGUGUUUGAACUCCUCAGGGGCCGUAGAUUGCUCAUGCUAAAACUUAAUGAAGACUGCGGUUUUCAGCUGAAUCACCUGGGGCAUGACAUUACUGAACGAUUGUGGCUCUGGUUGGUUGAAUGGGGCAAAUUCACCCAGCUACGUCCACUUAGUCCUUCCUGAGCUGGGUCCAAUUUAGUUAGUGUGAAAAUAAAGACCACCAUGUAGAACAUUUAUCUUACCCAAAGACCAUGCAUCACCAUAAAGUGUUUGUAGGAUCAGCUUUGGGAUAAACCAGCAUGGACUUAAUUGUCCCAUUUUUGUUUUUCUGUUUCAGAGAAAGAGGAUUUAGAGAGUAACUCCACUGCUGUAGCUGAUGUGGACAAAAGGGUUAAAAGGCGACUGGUAAUGGGUGAGGAACACUAAAGCUUACUGGUCAGAUAGGAUUGUUGAAUGUAUUCACUUUUUUAUAGGAAAGCCAUUCGGCACAGGAUGCCGUACUGGCGCGGAUUAAAUGCUCACACUCUGGGUUUGUUAUAAAGAAUGAUUCUGUAGCAAAAUGCCAAGUGAAUCAAUAACCGGGAAUAUUCCAUUGGUUUACAAGGCGACAGUUUCUCUUUAUUAUAAACCCUAAUGUGUUUUACAGUAAUUUUUAGUAUUUACAUGAUUUGCAUGAAUUAUCAUAAAUCUCCUUUCCCACUCUAUUUUGAUUAGCAUACACCGUUUAAACAUUCAUCACCGUACUAUGAAACCUAUUCUGUCUGCAAUAGCCUUUUAGGGUGAAACUCCCAAAGACUUGUGCAUAACAUUCAUCUGUGUAUAAUCUUCUUUCUGUAAAUUUGUUGUAGAAACAUGCGCGGUGAAUAAUGGUGGGUGUGACCGCACCUGCCGAGACACAUCAACAGGUGUUCGCUGUAGCUGUCCCGUGGGUUUUACCCUACAAUUUGAUGGGAAAACGUGCAAAGGUAAACGCAAACUUCCAGUCCUGUAUAGCCUUUACUGAAAUCCACCUUAAGAUGAUAUAGGUUUUCUGUCUAAAACUGCCCUUAGAACAUUACUUGUCUGUUUUGUGUUUGUUUCUGUGUUGUUUUUUUAGAGAUAGGAUUUAUACAGUAAAGUGAGAUUUGUGGAAAUCUAGACUGGGGACUUUAUUCACAGAUCUGUAAGAUACAGCAGUCUCAGAACCAAGCUACAGAAUUACCGUAACUUAUGCUGAAAUAGAAAAUAUUUCAAAUAAUGCUGAUUUAGGGAUUUUUCUCUUAUUUUAAAUUUGUCAAUGAAAAAAACCCUUAUCUGAUUUGAUUGCUCUUUUGACCAAUCGGCUGUUUGGACAUUUUUUCUGUAGUUUUAAUAGCUAAAAUAUUCGUAAAAUUCCCCAAGCCUUUCGUAAAAUUCCCCAAGCCUUUUUUUUUUUUUUUUUUUGCUGCAAGAACUACAUCGUUAAUAAACUGAAGAUACUGAAAUUAACGAUGUAGUUCUUGCAGCAAAAAAAAAAAAAGAAUGAACAGAAUGAAUACGUUAAUAUACUGAAAUUAACUUAUUCAUUCUGUUCAUUCUUCUUUUUUUUUUUUUUAAAUAAUCGACUAAGUUUGAUGCUGUCUGUUUUGGCAAACCAUGAUCUUAGCAAAUGAACCCUUAAAGGACCACUUUAGUGCCAGGAAAGCAUACUCGUUUUCCUGGCACUAUAGUGCCCUGAGGGGUUCCCCUCCCGCCUCCUCUCCUCCCUCUUCUCCUCCUCUUCGGCUGAAUGCGCUUGCGCGGCAGGAGCCGCGCGCACUUUCAGCCAGUCCAUAGGAAAGCAUUCACAAUGCUUUACCUAUGGACGCUGGCGUCUUCUCACUGUGAUUUUCACAGUGAGAAACGCGGAAGCCCUCUAGCAGUUGUCAGUGAGACAGCCACUAGAGGCUGGAUUAACCCUAUUAUAAACAUAGCAGUUUCUCUGAAACUGCUAUGUUUAUCGAACAAAGGGUUAACCCUAGAUAGACCAGGCACCCAGACCACCUCAUUAAGCUGAAGUGGUCUGGGUGCCUAUAGUGGUCCUUUAAGUACGGAAGUAAUUCCUAGUUCUCCAUUCUCUUGUAAACACAGUUCUCAUUAACCUAUUGUCCUUGUCAAAAGUGUUAUUUUUAUAGUUUGUUAUUGUUAUGGUUUUCUUAUUUAAUUAAAAUCCCUCAUUUAUGAUUUUGUGAAGCGCUAUAUAUUUGCCAAUAAUCUUUUGACACAGAGAAUUAUGUAGGCAAGCUUUAUUAAAGCCAAACUGUUUUUGAAAUCCCCACCCCCCAGUUUUCGUUAUCUCACUGUGUAGCUGAAAUGAAUGUUUUUUUUUUAUUAAUCGUGUUGUAUAUCUAAAACAAAUAGAUAUACAUGCACAAAAACAUUAAACUCCAAAGAACCAGACAAUCACAGAAUUGAAUUGGAUUUGAACUAGUUUAACACUAUAUGUACGAACAGAAAUUAAUGUCCUUAUUAUCUAGUGCUACAUUUAGUGGGGAUGAGACUGCGGACAUGCUUGGGUGGGUGGGAGGCUUGGCACAAGAGGAACAUUGUAGAAAGAUCUUCGCUCAGAGGAAAUGUUUGUUCUUUACUUUUGAGGAAAUGUCGCUGAUUUCGCUCUGUUUUGGGGCAGAUAUUGACGAAUGCCAGAACAGUAAUGGCGGAUGUGAACAUUUCUGCAAAAACACAGUUGGGAGUUUUGAUUGUAGCUGCAAACCUGGCUUCAAAUUGCUGACAGAUGAGAAGUCAUGCCAAGGUAAGUUUCUAAUUGCCAGCCAUUCCAUGAAUGACAGAGAACUGCGGCUAAAUAGGAAAAGGACUGAUUCUAGUGCUUCAUAUAAUGACCCGUAAUCAAAGCAACAUUAACACAUUCAGGUCUUUGUACAGAGGGCAGCUGUAGCCCCCAUCCUGCACAAACAUUCUUAAACAUUAACCAAUAAGGCUAUCUAUUUAUACCUACUGCUCUGUUCUUUUUGUGGGGGACUUUUCUCUCUUUUUGGGGAAAGGAGCUUAUUUUUAAAUCUUUUAGUAAAUGGAGUCACUAACCUGGGAAUUGUAGAGAGUUGGAGUAUAUCCAGUUCAGUAAAUUUGACCUAAAAUUUGUUCUUUGACUCAAUCCACCACAAUGAUCUAUUACGUUAUUAAAUGUGUACAUUAAAGCAAUGUUUGUAAGAAAGAACAAGAUUAAAUGCUAGCAUUUUCCUACAAACCGUAAUAACUCAAUAGAACCUUUGCAACAAUAUAACGUGACUAAACGGAACAACUGGACCAAUUUAAAUAUUCCCAGUAAUAACCAAAUGUAAUAACUGGAACCAUGUCAUAUUUCUGGGGAUUGGUGUUAGAAGAACUGAUUUCACUUUACUACCCACUUACAUUUUGCUCUGUGCAGCCCCCCUUGGUUUUUAAGAUGAAAUAAUCUGUUUUUGUUUGUUCCUCUUACCCUCAAUAAAUUACAGAUGUUGAUGAAUGUUCCUUUGAGAGGACGUGUGAUCAUACCUGCACCAACCUUCCUGGAUCCUUUACAUGCACAUGUGACAAAGGAUACAGUCUUUAUGGCUUAACACACUGUGGAGGUACGUACAACUAAGGCUUCUGCGCUGUGCCAUUCACAGGCUCCGUUAUCUCGCACUGCACAGACUAAUUCUGUCUCAGCCACCUUGCAUUACAUAGGGCCACUCCUUGCGCUGCGCACAUCCACUGGCAGGCUCUGCCACCUUGCGCUGAGCCAAUCCACUGGCAGGCUCUGCCACCUUGCGCUGAGCCAAUCCACUGGCAGGCUCUGCCACCUUGAGCUGAGCCAAUCCACUGGCAGGCUCUGCCACCUUGCGCUGUGCACAUCCACUGGCAGGCUCUGCCACCUCACAAGGCCCCACUUACUGGUUCUGUCACUGUAUAAUAUGUUGAUAAUUCAUUGGGCUAUACUUACACUGGCACUCUGAGAUGAAAUGAUUUUAAUGACCGUUAUGCAUAUUCAGUAUAAUGUUGUAAUGUUCGCCUCUCGUCCAGCUAGACAUGCUGCCACUCAGGGCAUUAGUUGCUAUUUCUGUCUGUCUGUGUUAGCCAUGUUUGUGCAGUACAGCAUACACUGGGCCUAUUAUAGGAGCGAUGAACUUUGCCAUUCGUAGGAAGAGAUGAUUUGACACCUGAAAGCGAAAUGUAGAGUUUAUUUUCCGACUGACAUGAGAUCCCACAGACGCGUCCACUCCUUGUCCUGAUAUUCGUCGUUCGCAACUCGAGGAUUUCAACAAACUCAAUCAUCCGACGGCAGGGCAAGGGACUCUGUGCUUUUAACGCACCAAAUCACAUCAUUCUCCAACACAAGACUCAAUUCAAUCACAUUUCUAAAUGGCUUCAUAAAAGUUUUCAACCUCUUUUUUUCUUUUUUUUUUUUUUUUGUUUUUUUGUUUUUUAAUCUAUUGAUACAACUUUACAUUUUUGUGACUUUUUUUUUUUUUUAAUUCUCUGCUAAAACUGUUUGUUUUAUAUUUGGAUUAUACUGAGUAAUAACUAUAGGCAUUAGUGUAAAAAUCCUGCACAAACUGCAAUAAAAAUGGGUGGGUAAAAUAGCCACUUAAAAUUAAAUUACUUGAAAUUGUAAGCUGUAGAUAAAAGCCAUUUGGUCCAUCUUGCCUCCAAUUUUCAAUACAAAACCAGGCUUUCUCCUAAAUUUUGUUUCACUUUCAGCACAACGAUGUGACCAUCCCAGGUGUUCUUCAACUCUUUCAUUGUGUCAGUAUUUACCACAUCUGCAGAGAGCAGAUUCCAGUUUAUCUAAUGUUUUCUAAAAAGUUAUUUCCUAAUCUUCCAUACAAAACUGUGUGGGGUUUAUUCACUAAAUUCUGAACUGCAACAAAUUAAAAGCUAAAAUAGCUGAUAUUGAAUAAUUCUCCAACAUAGGCGAGAUUUAGACCCACUCCUGCCAUUCGAUUUCAAGUCAAUACUGCUGCUUAAAGGAUGUAGGAAAUAUGCCAGAAGAGAGAGCUGGAAUAUUUUAGUAAGGGGCAGAAGAAGAGCGUGCGAGUGAGAUGUGAGGGCAUAGAAUCAAGGGAACACGUGGUGGGGCUGGUGGACCGAAGCAGUUCCUUCCAAGCCUGAGGCAGGAAACUGGUUGUGGGAGAGAUAUCGGGGACAGAUAGGCCUGCAAUAAAGCUAUGGAAUGGUGAGAUGCACAAAUGAGGCGAUGGUUAGUCAAGCAAAAACAAACAUUCGGGUAGGUAUCAACAAGAUAUCUUGAUAAUGUCCUCCAUAAGGCUGCCGUUUUCUUGUGGCGGUAAAUCAGCUGUUGGAGCUGUAAGUUCUGCUCAGGUCAUGCCAAUGGCGCCAUGCAUAUGAUUGUGGUAUGAGAUACACAAAACUGAUUUAUUAGUUUGUUUGUUUUUAUUUUUCCUUACCUGUCGUAUGUUGACAAUUGAUUUUUCAACGCAUUUCUGUUUCAUAGAUAUUAAUGAAUGCAGCAUAAACAAUGGCAGCUGCGGGCACCUCUGCGUUAACACGAUGGGAGACUACUACUGCCAGUGCCCGCCGAAAUACAAGCUCCACUGGAAUGGCAAGGAUUGCGUUGGUAAGAUGCCUAACCCGAUGGCGCCUGACUGUGCCACCUGUACAUUUUACCCCUAUGAGUUCAAGAAAUCUUGGCAAGAUGUUUGAAAUAACUGGUCAUACCCUGGUUCUUGGAAUUUAUCCCCUUCAUAACAGAGAAAACCACAGGAAUGUCUUUUCAUAGGAUUUGUUUGACACCUUGUCAUGAAGGGGUUAAAUAACAUAUCUGCUUAUAUUAAGACAUGAAUUGUCCUCAAACUUUACAGUGCCAGUGUCCUAUAUAAGGCACUGGAGAGACAGAUGUAAAUUGGGUUCAGACUUUUUUUUUUUUUUGGAAGCUGAAGGGUUAAUGGUCAGUACGUAUAGAUUUGUUUUCAAUAACUGGUAGAAAACAGGAGAUACAUUAUCUUUGCAAUUGUUCUUCUUCUGUGUUUAACAAACGCUGCAUGUGAUACUUUUACUAGAUGUGUGAUGCGUGCUGUUUUAACACAUUAUUCGCUGUGUAUGGGAGCAUGAGAUCCGCCCCUUGAGUAACACGCAUGUUUAAAAUACUGCAAAACUGCAAUUUAUUGGCAUGCUUUUAUAAAAUAGAUAUGAAGAGUGGUUUCAAUUUUUUUUAUUUAUUUUUUUUUAUCAACUUGGUGUAAUGUUUUUUGUGAACAAGCGCCCCAAGGAUUGAUUGUAAAUGCUGGUUUUGUAUCCAAGUUGGUUUUAAGGUGGAACAAGAUGUUUUCACUGUUAAUUGUUUUCUGAAUAGUGCAAUUCUCAAAGGGAAUUCUGCAUUUAAAGGGGCAGUAAAUAUCACAUAUUGAAUCUUUACCAGAUUGCAAAAUACUGAUUAAUAAUCCUUACUUGGUAUAAACAUUGCAGAUCUGGUGGCACAGGCAGAAAUCAAUUAACACAUUUAAAUCAUAAAGUGUUCAUUUUUUUUUUAUACUGAAAAUGGAAUAUUAGAUAUUUAUUUCACUUUGAUAAUUGAUUAGACUCAUACACUCUUAACUGUCCCGUUAACACAUAACUUUGUAUGGCCCUUAAAGGGGGAAAAAUAAGUGUUAUGUUGUGUUUUUUCAUUCGUUGAAUUCUGAAUGUGAGGACAAGGCAUAACGGAUGUGACACAGAUGCAGGUGAGUUUUCUGUGCAAUUUAUUUUAAGCAAAGAGAACAAUUUGUGUUUAAGAAUGUGUAAUGGCUGACACAGGAGAACGCCGUAGAUUUGCAGAAUUGUGUUUUGUCUUUUUUAGUACUGUGUGGCAGUUUGUAUGUUGUGGUUUUGUGAGGUUCAUGGUGUGUUUUAUUGUAUAUUGUAUAAAUGUGUGCUAUUUGGAGAAAUGUUUUAUGCUAAUUAGGAUUUACAUUAACUUUGCUAAAAUUGCAUAAUAAAAUUAAUAAGCAAACCAUAAUUUAGAUAAAGGAAGCUGAAUAGAAUCCUGGUCUUAUCAAAAUAUGAAUAGUAAUCCAUGGCCUAUAGGACUAUUGAAUCAUGGCCAAAGUGACUGCUUAAUUAUAGGUAAGGGGUCAACCUUACUAUGGUCAAGUGGAUUGCUGAACAAUGAUUAAAAUGGGCAAAAAGACUGUUGGGCUAUUGAUUGAUGGUCUAAUGAACAAUGACCAGUGGGACUUCAUAAUAAUGGCAAAAGACCAUGUUAUGACAUCAAAUACUUAAUAUUUACCAUGGGGACACAUGAGCAGUGAACAAAAAACUCAAGGAUGUUCUCUAAAUGGAUUACUGGACAAUGGCCAAGGCAACUAAUGAACAAUAAUCAAAGAACCUGUACACCAUGGCUAAGGGGAGCUGGACUGUUAAUGGCCAAAUAAUCAUUAAAUAAUUAUCAAAUAUGGACUACCGGUGAAUGACCAAAUGGACUAUUUCACAGUGUUUUAAAUUAUUGAAAAAUAUCCAAGUGGUCCACUGAACUUAAGAUAAACUAAUAAACCAAGGUGAACAGAACUUAUAGACCACUGGAUCAUUAUUUAAAGGUCCUCCGAGUCUACUAGACAAUGGAUAAAGAGAUCAGUUGAAUCAUGUGAUUACUCAACAUUAUAACAACUAAUGACAACACUGCUGACCUAUAGUUUGAAUUCCAUUGAUGGUGUUCUAAUUUUUUUUUUUAAUUUUUUUUUUUUUUUUUUUUUACAAUUUUGCUUACUCUGAUGGUUUUAUGUCUCAGGGGACCAUGCUCACUCUGGUUUUUCCUUGUCUUUUGUUCCUUGCUCCUGGUGGUUUUUUUUUAUCACCUGUCAUCUAUCAUUAUGUCACUAUAGUUUCAAUAACAAUUAAAAAAAAUUAAUUAAUUUUUUUUUUUAUUUUUUUUUUAAAGUGCUAUGACUGAUGUAUAUCCAUAUGGACUAGUGCACAGUCACAUUUUGGCUUCCACUAUGUCAAGAUCAAAUCCUAAAGUACAGAAUUUUUAUAUUUUAUGCCAAGACACCUGGUCAAAUGCCUUAUUGUGCUAAUAGUCACAGAUAAAAGUCUAAAUGAUUGGUAACUGAGCUACUAAGCAAACUGUCGGAGCUCCGGACAGAUAAUGCAACAUCUUUCUGAUACCAUAAACUAAAACUGAUUGAGGCGCUGAGAUCCGGUGACUGACACCAUAAAAUUAAAUGGCCAUUAGAUCUGUGUAUUAAUGACACCACAAACAAAAUGUUAAGACAUUUGCUUGCAACUAGAAAGUGCUGGAACCGUACAGUAAGAAGAUGCAGAUCCGUAUUAACUGAACGUGUUGUACGGUGCUUUACCCAACAGUGCAAAAUGCCUUUUUUCUAAAUUGUCCUGUAGCUAGACGGGGUUUACCAGCAGUUCAGUUAUAAUUAAUAAUGAUUUCAAAUAGAAGCUAAAUGUCAGGAUACUGGCGUUUAAGUUCUCAAUGUGCAGUCAAUGGCUCAGUGUCUGCAACGUCCUUGUGUUAAGGCUGCUGUGCGUUUGGGUUUGUACAUUGCUGGAAUAAUUAAUAUAAUUAGGACAAUUAAUGUCCUAAUGAUGUAAAAUGAAAGGAUAAACUGGAUCAUUUAGAAUGCAAUGCAAGUCUAGGAGAGUUGCUCAAAUAAAGAGCCUUACAAACCAAUGAUCUGUAAUGUUUUUAAUCUGUUCAGAGGCCGAGAGAUUCCCGCCAGACAAUGUGGCUCCCAAAAUUUCCCUUCAUUGCAUUAAGAAUGGCGGAAUAGAACGGUGCUUCCUCAAUUGCCAGUCUGAUAUCUAUUCUGUUCCUGGUGAGUACAGCUCCAUGUGGCAUGACCUGGGCAGUCUGAUAACGCUAUGCAAGACUUUUUUUAGGUUUUCUCAUUGCCUUAUACAAAGUGUAAUCAAUGAUAAAAUCAUUAAGAAGAAAUCCAGAAUCAUGUGAGGGGAAAUAAUUAUUUGGGCUUCCCAUGCUUUUUGGACUUCCAUAUUCUGCUUAUUUAGCCCUGUAGUUAACAAAUGCCAACUUCUAAGGCGUGAAUUAUUUUAUGAAAUGUAAAAUUCACACCUUUUUUAUCCUGUAUCUGGGCACCUCCUACUUGGCUCCCUCUCAGUCACUGUUAUAAGCUGGCAGUUAGCAUAGAGAGAGCAUGCAGAGUGGAGGAGUAAUGAAACAAUGUUUCAAUUUCGCCUUUUCAUUUGCAAUGUGUGCCUUGGCUGUGCCUUGUCUGAACUGGAUUGUGAUGUCAUUUGUUAAAAUCUUUAAUAAAUCUUUAAUAUAAAUUUAAACAAAAACCAAACCUCCUCAGAAAUAAGGCCAGCACAAGUUACAUAACCUGUUCUAAUGAUUAAUUUAAAGGCGUUAAUUCCAGAGAAAUGUCUGUUUCCCUUUAAAACAUUUAUUAAUUUGGGAAGCAUGCUAAUGCAAAGUUAUUAGUGUUUAUUUCAAAGCACUCUCUUUAAGUUAGAGCCUACUCUCUUCUUAUUGUCUGCUGAGAUUUCAUUUAACCAACAGGAAACCCUUGGUGAAACAGAACAAUUUAGUGUAGUCAUCCACUGCUUUUUAGUUCCAUGAUUAACAGUCAAUGAAUGUCUAGACAAGGAAGAGGGUUGGAUGUCCAUUUCACACAUUUUUAUUGUUCAUAAAUAUAUUUUGCUUCCUUUAACAGGAUUACAGGAUUCAUAUACAAUUACCUGCGGAUCUCCUGCUUCACUCAACACGAAACCUACGAGAAACGAGACACUUGGACCAGGUGACAAUAUAAAUUAUUUGUCUUAUUUAAAAGUGUGUUUUAGAAAGAAAUGUGACACAUGAUGAGCAGUCUAAUUACAUACACAAAAGUUCAGAAAUUCUGGGACAAAAUUAUAAAAUUUCGAUCGACUAAAAGGAACAUUAACUUUGUUUCCCAGAUGAUAGAUGCACUUCACCACUUAAAGGACCACUAUAGUGCCAGGAAAACAUACUUGUUUUUCUGGCACUAUAGUGCCCUGAGGGUGCCCCCACCCUCAGGGUCCCCCUCCCACCCGGCUCUGGAAAGGGGAAAAGGGGUUAAACUUACCUUUUUCCAGCGCUGGGCGGAGAGUUCUCUGCCUCCUCUCCUCCUCCGAUCCCCCUCGUCGGCUGAAUGAGCACGCGCGGCAAGAGCUGCACGCGCAUUCAGCCGGUCACAUAGGAAAGCAUUCUCAAGCUUUCCUAUGGACGCUGGCGUGCUCUCACUGUGAAAAUCACAGUGAGAAGCACGCAAGCGCCUCUAGUGGCUGUCAAUGAGACAGCCACUAGAGGGAAUGGGGGAAGGCUUAACCCAUUGAUAAACAUAGCAGUUUCUCUGAAACGGCUAUGUUUAUGAAAAAAUGGGUUAACCCUAGAAGGACCUGGCACCCAGACCACUUCAUUAAGCUGAAGUGGUCUGGGUGCCUAGAGUGGUCCUUUAAGGACCAAACUUCUGGAAUAAAAGGAAAUCAUGACAUGUCACACGUCAUGUGUCCUUAAGGGGUUAAUUGUCCAUUAUGCGUAGAAUUAAAAAGCUAAAGUGUUUGGAACUAAAACACCUACUUUUGAUUCUCCUGUAAAUAAUGAAUUUAAAGAUCAGGAAAAAAUAAAAUUACCAAUAAAAAGAAAAUAAUUAAACUCCACUUUGAAUUUCCAGAAAGUGCUGGAGGCUCUCCGUAUCUAAAGUACGAUUUCCUUAGGCCAGGAUUAAGUGGAGAUCUCUUUGCCAAUCCUGACUUCUCCAUUAUUCUCAGUGUAUGGACUGAACCAAUCCCAAAAACUCCUGGCCAAUAGGGUUGUGUGCAAUAUGUAGUUGAGAAAGUCCUUGGGUAAAUUCAUGAAAAAUCAUCACUUAAACUACUCCACAAGUUAACAUUUUUUUUUUUUAAUUUUUUUUUUUUAAAUGUUACAAUCCACAAGAGUCUAUUUUGUCUAUUCCAGAAGAGACCACGGAGAAUCCCUAACUGUAGUCAACUACAACUCCCAUAUGUCUUUGUAAGCCUUGCACCAUGGGAGUUGUAGUGCUGCGAAAGAUGAGGAUCCAGGGUAUUUUUUUUGGGGGGGGGAGGAGGGGGUUACAGUAAGAUUGUUACAAUUCUGUAUCUAGUUAAGAAUGUAACUUUCACAGCCCUGCUACAGAAAAAGGCUUCUAAAACAGCUUGUAUUUGUACAUGUGUCUCCGUCUAUCUGCUGAAUGUUAUUGUAAAAGGUGUUUUCCUUUCUGAUUUUUGGAGAUGUCGCAACAAUUAAGGCAAGUUUAACCUUUAAGCUGGCGGAGAGCACUUGCAGGAUGAGGAAGACGGAGGGGUACCAGGAUUUUAUGCAGCAGAAAAUAUCAGGUACUGACAAGCCCAGCUGUCGAGUCUGUCUGUAAUUAUCUGUGGGUUCGGAGAUGGGUUCAGGCAAUAAUUUCCCUUUUCCUCUAUGGGGAUUACAAAUAUUACAUCUUAAUAGCUGAACUGGUAUGAAUCUCUCACUCAGCUGUUCUGUAAAAAAAAAUAAAAAAAUUGUUCCUUUGUCAGAUGUCCUCAAUUACUAGUUUAAUGCGUAAAUCACUAAGCUGUUAGCCUGCUAGCGUUCAACACGCAUCUCUUUUCAUUCAGGCUCUUAAACUUAGAUUUAAAAUAAAACUGUAAUUUAUCUAGAGAUGACAGUUCCUUGUUCACUCACCCUCCGUAGAUACUAUUGCAGAGUUGAACAAAACAGUGGCGGUAAGGUUAAAAAAAAAAAAAACUCCCUUACCUCUGCCAAGUACUCAGCUGACACUGUAUUCAGCCCAAUAGGUCACUUAAAUCUUCAAAUAGAUCUCAUGGCAGCAGUGAGAAGUUUUUUGUUUUUUUUUAAAUGGCUCAUCUGAAAUACAACAACAUAGCAAAGAAAUCUCACUGCAGUAUAAAGGAGGAAAAAGGCAAGAGUCAGAUUUGGGGGGAUAUUGGGGUUCAGGCUGUAAAAGGUGGCUGAGGAGAGCUUUCUGAGUGACGUAGGGUUACAGCUGCAAUUUGACUAUGUCUAUAUUUUAGAAGUGUACAGCGCCAGUGAUGAUCAUUAUAAUGGUGAUUUGGCUGUUUUUAUCAGCUGACCUAAUGGCCCCAUAGAAGUACAAUAUGACAGACCUAUCCAAGCUUUCCUAUUGUGAAUAGCCAAACUGGUUUCACAUUGAAAAUGUGUGAAAUCAUUUGUCAAAUUUGGGCAGGCGGACAUCAUUCACCAGCCAUCAGCACAGUGCGCGCUAGGUAUUACACUGACAAUUACUGAGCGUGUGCAAAGAGCCUCCUUGAGCAUUUAAUCUCAGCAGCCAAUCAAAACCUCAGAUGUGCUGAUUGUUCCAGCUUUCUACUGCACAUGUAGAAGGAAAAUUCUGAUUGGCUAGCCCAAUGAUGCAAAAGCCAUUCAUACAAUGUGACAGUCCAAGUUUGUUAAAAAUAUUUCAUAAAAUAAAUUUUUUUUUAAAAUGCUGGGCAGAUUUUAAAGGGGCAUUCCAAACACCUUUUAUAGUUUUAUUUUGCUAAAGUGCUUUGCGUGAAGAGUGAGUCCACACAGUGGAGGUUUUAAUAGAAAUUGGCACUUUUAUAAAUGAAACUUGUUACACCUCCCCCAGCCGUCAGUCAUUCAGCUGCUUCUGUUACUUCCUUUAUUGUUUAGCUACCUGUUUUACAAGUUGUUUUUAGCUAUUCCCCUAUGGAAAAAAUGCACAAUUAAAAUGCAAUCAUGUUUUCAUUUUAGGUAUAUCUAGUAAACAGGAAUUAUUUUUAUUAUUUUUUAUUAUUAUUUUUUUGCAUUGGAGUGCCUUUUUUCUUUUUAAAAUCAACAUACUCUGCAAGCAGUAUUUAUAAUACUAGAAGAGAUUGUGAUGGUGUGGAUUCUAAGCAAAGUGUUGAGAUUUGAGUGGCGGUUCCUUGGCCAUGUUCUGGUAUAAUAAUGACCAAAUCCACAUGGUUUCAUUGCCCAAGACUGACAUGGUGCUUGCUGGGAAAUGCUGUUAUAAAGAGGAAUUCUGGGACAAAGUUCUAACAGUAAAGCAAUUUCCAUGGAAACUGCAGACUGUUUCUGCUGACUGCACCACUUUUAGAACUUUACCCCAGAAUUACUCUUUCUAUGGAGCCCCCAAUGUCUUAUCACAUUUGCACUCAUCCACAUUGUGUGGACUAGUGCGUUUUGUAUAUUUGUAUUUGCAAUACAGGGUUAAGCCCUUAGACAUAACUGGAGUGUCUAACUGGUGUUUCGGUUUCAGGAAUUAGGUUUACUGGCACCUAUGUUAUUUUUUUCUUUUUUCUUUUUUUUUCUGCUUUUGAUUAAAUGGCAUUAUACCAUUAAACCAUUUGUAACUUUAUUUUUAUUCUUUUAUCUGUACUCUGCUCCUGAAGGGUUAAAACAAAUCUUCAGAUAUGUUGCAUUAUUUACGUUAAUUCGCUUCCUCCCAGACUAAACAUUAGCAGAGGUGUUAUUUAGCGCAGGCUGUAUUUAAGGCUGGGAUUUUGUUAAGAUCUGCUGUGUGGGAAUAUGUAGAGAUUUUAAUUCCAGUGUGUUACAGCUCAUUAUCCUUCCUAUGGUAAACCAUUUUCCAAAGCAAAACACUUUGAAAAAAUCUUUUAAUGAUUAGGCUGUGACAUCUAACAUAACACAAUCAUUAUUAUUAUUUGCUCUGACAUUACAUAAAAGAGAGGAAUUUACAGAGGUUUAAAUAGAUUGAAUGAUAAUUGUUACUUUUUUGGGUUUGUUUGGAUUUUUGUUUGUUUUUUGUCCCCUUAUCCGCAACCAGAUCUGUGAUUUAUGAAAUGUGAAGUUUAUAUUUGGAACAGAUUAUGUUCGUUUCUAGAAGGAAAAAUUCAAACCGUUGCAAAUGUCUGGUUCCUCUUUGAUCUGAUUUAUUUACACAGAAAAACAAAAUCUUGUAUAUGAGAAUUUCAGCUUCAUAAAUAUAACAUGCAAGAACAGUGGGAGGAAGAUGCCUGCACGAGAAAGCAUUAUAAUGGCGCAAUUUGAGCUCGAAGCUGCCCAUCAGGAGGUCACAGGUUGGUUUACAAAGAAAAAUAAUAAUGUGAAAUGAGAAUAAAUGUGUGGAGAAUUAUUAACCGCGCACUUCUCCUUGCUAAACCUGCUCUGCUUUGCUAUCGCUGCAAACAAGUAUCUCCUGUUUUUAUCACAAAUGAUAGGUUUUAGGGAAAAGGCACUGUUUAUAUUGUGGAAUUGAAUACUGUGCCAAACAUCUUUGUUGUUUAACGAACCAUCAUACAUUGUGUGACUCAACAGAAGAGCUGACCCUCUAUAUAGAGUAAGAGUUCUGUAAUUUAUUUAUUUAUGCCCCGCUGUAGAGUCAUGCAGUUUGAGCUGCGUUCGGAAGAAAGCCGAGAAAAGACUUCGUAAGACUAUACGAACAAUGAGAAAAGCCAUCAGCAAGGAGCACAUUCAUGUACGCCUGUCCGGGAGGGACUUUGAACUGGCUAAAAAGAUACCCAGGCAGACAGAUUCACAGGACACGUGUGGUAUAGGACAUGUACGAAUGGACAGCCGAUGUGGUAAGUUAUUCUUCAGAAAUGAGUGUCUGAGAAUGUCUUAUUCAGUGUUACUUAUUUUGCAAUUUCAGACAAAACCCUUCCAUACAUCGCAUAACAUUAGAAUGAAAAAAUAAAUGUCAGAAAAUCUGAUUCCGAAAUGCAGGCAUAUUUCCAUAGGUGGCUUACUGGGGUGAAUUGGAAUCAGACAGUGUGUUCCUGUAAAUAGUGUCACCGUUACUUACCUGUCAUGCCAUUACAAUUUUCUUUCCAGCUCAGAAUGGAAGUUAUACACUGAGCUGUAUUUUGAAAACAGAGUUGCAAAAAUGCUUUAAAAAUAAAAGAAAUGUAAAAAAUCUGCAAAUAAAAGAAACAUGAAGUAUGGCGACUAAUUUUUCUAGUACCUGGCAAAAUUGAGAGCGCCGUAUUCUAAGUUACUUCUCGAUUACUCUGCUUCUGCUUGGAUCAAGAGGAAAAUGGUUGAAUCUAAAUGUAAAGCAGGCCCCUGCAUGUAUGUAAAGCAGGGGAGCACCAUCUCCCAGAAUGGUGUCCUCUCAUUGACUUUACUGCUUACAUUUUUAUAUUAGGUUUACUGAUCACUGUGUGACUUUUUUUUUUAUUUUUAUUUUUUAUGUUUUUUACCCUUUCCUAGUCUGGAUACUGGGAAUGGACACUGUAUAAUUGAAAAAUGAUUCGUCUUAAAUCGGUGAUAUGAAACACUGACACCAUUAAACAGACUUUUAAAGAGGUGUACUUUCAUUCUUUAUGAAUGCUCCGAAAAUAUUCCAUUAAAAGCUUGACAUCUCUGCUUGGGAAUGUAAUGGUAUUGUUUACCCACACAGGCUUCUUUUUCUAUUUUUUUUUUUUCUGUUGUAGACACUUAAAAUAAGAACCAUUCCAUUUUCAAGUUGGAACUUUAAGCUUACAAUUAUACCAAUCAACAAAUUAAUAAAAGUUUAAAAGAAAGAAAGAAACACACAAAAUGAGCAAAUGUUUUUAAAGUUUAAUAAUCUUGAAAAUACUAGACUGCAACAUAAAAAAUAUAUGUUAGAAACAUGCACAAUAAUUACAGUGAGAAGCGGGUUUAUAAAAUAAUGGAGAAAAUAGUAGAUAUGAGAAAAUGUUUGUUGACAAAAAAUGCGGCCGUGACCUAAAUAACUCAGCUGCUCUCCGAAAAACAGGCGCGAUUCCUAGAAAUGAACCAAACCAGGAAACCUUUAGUAAAAAAACCAAAACCAGUGGCUGUUUUAAAGUUAUUGUCCCCAUCCUGUGUAAAGUUACUUCAACCCAGAAUAAGUUCUGGAAUUGGGCCUCCAUUUCUUAGUUUUAAACGCUUUUAUUGUCAUGAAGCAAGGAAGAAUAAUAAGCAAAGUAUUCGGUUCUUACUUUGAAAGUGGCAAGUUGAUGACUUAUUUUUUCCAUAUUUUGCAUGACAUGUUUGGAACAAAUUUUUUAAAAUAAAGUAUAUAACAUAAAAUAGAAAACAAACUGACUGAGCAUGCUCUCUUUUACGAAUUGUUUGUAAAUCGACAAGAUAAAUGAGGUCUGUUACCUCAGUAUAAUAAUUUGAUGCAACAUCGGCAAGCCAAAAAGUGGCUUCCACUUUUCCAUUUAAAAAAACACACUCACACUCUGCUUUUGUUGAUAUCUGUCAGCCCAUCCUAGCUUUCCCUUGUUUUAGCUGAUCGCUGAACAGGUAAGCUGAUAUUGGCUGCCAUGUGCUUACUGACAGAAUGUCUCCGCUGCUGUGAUUCACUCAUAUAAGCUAUGAAGGAAUCUGUUGGGGGCGAUUGGGUACUAGUACUACUGUGUGCAUACCCAGCUAGCCUGCUGCGUACAAGGUCUUGGACAGCGUAUAUUUCCUCCCUUGGUACCUGUAAGGAUCCAAAGGAUUUGCAAUUCAAGAGAUUAAAGGAAAUUCUCUUACAAAUAAUUAGGUUUGAUUUUUUUAUUUUUUUUUGACAAAGAUAUCGGGGACCUCCUCAAUUCAGUAUAACCUGUGUAUUCCCUGUCUAGUGUGAAAAUCAUAAAUGUGUGAUUCCAUUUCAUUUCGUAUGGUGAGACAUUGUGUUGAUCCCUGCGAUUUCCACUAGCAUGAUACAUGAACAUAACACCACCUAUAUGUACGUCACUCUUUCUCCAAAACAUUCCUAAUGCCUUUGAGUAUGUAACAAAUCCAGAACAGAAGCCUUGAUUACUGGAGAGCUGUUUUAUCCUAGUUAUACUGGACCCUACUAAGCUUUAUGCCUCCUAGAGCAGGUUUGUGGCACAUUAACUAUUAAAACUUAAAGGGACACUUUAGUCACCAAAACAACUUUAGCUUAAUGAAGCAGUUUUGGUGUAUAGAUAAUGCCCCUGCAGUCUCACUGCUCAAUUCUGCCAUAAAGAGUUAAAUCACUUUGUUUAUAGAGCCUCGGCACACCUCCCUGCAUGUGACUUACCUACCCUUCCUAAACAUUUCCUAUAAAGAGUCAUCUAAUGUUUACUCUUCUUUUAUUGAAAAUUAUGUUUAAUUUAGAAUUGCUUAUCGCCUGUUCUGUAACCCCAUUGCAACCAAGGACGUAUCGGGUACGUAGACAAAAAAACGACCCUUAAGGACUGCGGACGUAUCAGGGGAAUUAGAGCUGGAAGUUAUCAUGAUCGCUUCCAGCAGCUCUAAUGGUAUUGCAGCGAUGCCACAAUGUCGAGGCAACGCUGCAAUACCCCCCCCCUCACUUCCGGGCCGCUGGAGAACACCGGGUGAUGGCUCCCCCGGGAGAAAUCACUUCCGGGUUGUGACACGUGGAGCCCGGCAGUGAGACAGAGCAUCGGAAGCCAUCAGACAGGCUUCCGAUGCUCUGCUUGUGCUGAGUGCCUCGAGGGUUCAAGGCACUCUGUAAAAUAAUUAAAUUACAUUUUAAAAUGAUUUUUUUUUUUUUUUUUUAUGUAACCCCUCCCUCUCUCGUGUACUUACCGAUCGUCGCUGGCGAUCUGUCUUCUUCUGAGGGGGACUGUCUGGGCUCAGCCCAGGCAGACGCCCUCUGCAAUACAGGACCCCCAUGGGCUAUGUGAUUGCUAUAAAAGAGAUAAUGAAUAAUAUUAAUAUAUAAAUAAAAUAUAUAUAUAUGUCAUACUAAGUGUGUUUUUUAUUAAUAUAAACAUAUUUUUAAAAAAAAUAAAAAUUUAAAUAUAUAAUUUUAUUCUAACUGUAUUUUGAUAUUAAUGUUUUACACAAAUCAGCGAUGAUAUUGUCAGUAAAAGUGAAGUUUUUUUGCAUUUUUCACACACAAACAGCACUUUCACUGAUGAUAUCCUCUAAUAUUUGUGUUCAGUAGAACAGUACCCCCCAUGUACAGGUUUUAUAGUGUUUUUGAAAGUUACAGGGUCUAAUAAAAGGCAGUUUUUUCACAUUGAAUUUUCCAGAUUGGUUAUGUUGCCUUUGAGAACGUAUGGUAGCCCAGGAAUUAGAAUUACCCCCAUGAUGGCAUACCAUUUGCAAUAGUAGACAACCCAAGGUAUUGCAAAUGGGGUAUGUUCAGUCUUUUUUAGUAGCCACUUAGUCACAAACACUGGCCAAAGUAGACGUUCCUAAUAGUUUUUUGCAUUUUUAGCACACAAACAAAUAUAAAUGCUAACCUGGCCAGUGUUUGUGACUAAGUGGCUACUAAAAGAGAUUAGACAUACCCCAUAUUGAAUACCAUGGGUUGUCGACUUUUCAAAAAUAUAUCAUUUGAUGGGGAUAAAUUUACAUUGGCCAGCUUAAAAAAAGUCCCAAAUAGGACAUGGGUGCAUGAUGACCAGCUGUGAAAAUUCAAAGUUGGAAAACUGGAAUGCGCAUCCUCCAAAUAAGGUCUUUUAGCCCCCAGAGAACCCGACACACCUCCGGGGUGGUAUCCCUGUAUUAAGAAGAUGACGCUGAACACAUAUUGGGGUGUUUUUUGGCAGUAACCUUUACAUGUAUUCUUAAAUUGCUAUGUGUGUCAAAAAAGUCACCUUUUUUUUUUUUUUUUAUUUGGCAUAGGUUGGUGGUAAAAAUGUUGCAUGAAAAUAGUCAAAAUACCCCAAGUUUAAUACCUUAGGUUGUCUUCUUUUAAAAAAUAUAUACAUGUGAAGGGUUAUUCCGGGAUUCCUGACUGAUAUCAGUAUUACAAUUUAACUUGCGUUAAUUUUGAAAAACAAAUUGUUUGGAAAUAGCACUUAGUGCUACUUGUACUUAGCCCUAUAACUUUCCAAAAAAAAGCUAAGAACAUGUUAAAAUUAGGUAUUUCUAAACUCAGGACAAAAUUUAGAAACUAUUUAGCAUGGGUGUUUUUUGGCGGUUGUAGAUGCGUAACAGAUUUUGGGGGUCAAAGUUUUUUUUUAUUUUUUUUACAUUUAUUUCAUCAUAUUUUAUAAAAUUUUUUUUAUAGUAAAUUAUAUAAUAUGAUGAAAAUAAUGGUUUAAAGGUGAGCAACACGGUAUAUAAUAUGUGUGGGUACAGUAAAUGAGCAAGAGGAAAAUUACAGCUAAACACCGCAGAAAUGUAAAAAGAGCCUGGUCCUUAACGGUUAGAAAUUUGCAAAACUGUCUGGUCACUAAGGGGUUAAAGGCUUUCUAGAUGUCUGUAAUUCAAGUUUAAUUUACAGAGCAGGAGAAAAAAAACUUGACGUGAGUUAUAUCUGUUUUCAUGCAGGCUUGUCGGUCACAGCCAGGGGAGGUGUGGCUUGGGCUGAAUAAACAUAGACAAAAGCGAUUUAACUCCUAAAUGGCAGUGACUUGAGCAGUGAGACCAUAGGCAUGAUCUAUACACACAAACUGCUUCAUUAAGCUAAAAGUAGUUUUGGUGACUAUAAUGUCCCUUUAAUUUAUUUCCCAUGUAAGGGUCUAGUGUACCCUUCAUAUUGGUUGUGUCCUUACAAUCCCUAAGUGUGUGGCUCCCAUUGAUCUUGGUCUUUAUGUGAUUGACGUUUACGUCCAAUUUCAUUCCUCUCUAUUCCGUCCUUUUUUCGAUUCUAGUUUAUUUCCACUUUUAUAUCCACAAACAGUAAAAGAGAUUUUUCCUGUGACAGGGAGACACUAAUUUAGUUUGACAAGGGUUCUCAAAGCCAAUUAGUUCUGAAAGGAACUUAACACGUGCUACUCAUAGUAUGGUUUCAAUAAUCCGUCAUGGCUUGUAAGCGCCUAUUAAGGAAACAUGUGAACCCUUUCUCCGUCACCUUGUCUGAAUCGGUUAUCAUCUGGAAGAAUUACAUAAAAAUGGUCUGCAAGGGAAAUACUGUUAAAAGCUGUCAGAAGCUCUGUUAGAUCCCUGGUCAAAAAAAAAUAUACAGCUUGGAAUCUGCUGUUGACGAACCAAGCCAUCUAUUUCAAGCCGUUUCACCUUUAAAGAGACCUGAUAUCUGGAAAUAAAUUUACAUUAUGUAAUCAUGUAUAAAAGUCUAUGUGAAAAUGCCGUUUUAAAAAUUCCCAGUUCUGUUUUCCAAUCUCUCAAUGUUAGAAGGUAUGCUAGAGCUUGGCUCGUUCUGUGGUCCAGUUUGAUGGAACCCGAACUUUCUUAAUUCAUUAAUGUAAUUAAGGACAUUAGGAAAUCAAUAAAAAUAAUUAGACUCGGUUUCUACUGUGAUGUGCCCCCGCUCUAUUCUAAUGACUUUUCCAUAGGAGCUGAGACGUUUAAAGAUGGUUAUCUCAACCGCUAACUCUCUAUAUAAACAAAGUGGUGCGGUCGCUUCAAACAUUGCAGCAAGACUUCGGCACUGGUCCAUCAAGUCUAAGGGAAACUUUCAUCCAGAAUAGUUCAAGUUUAAACAGAUCCACAAUCCCACAUGCAGCCUCAGACGGUUUGAUGGGUUAUUGGUAUUGUCAUGUUAGUAGAUAAAGUCGGCAUUGUCUGGUCUCAUUCCUGUAGGCUGUCUGUGGCUUACGUGGCAAUAGCUGUAAGGAUUAUGGGUGGGAGUUGGAUCGCAGAUGUACCUCAAUAUAUCUUUUAUUUUCCAACAUUUCAACAGAGGAAAUGGUGACAAAAAUCCUAGACAAAAACACCUGUACGCCAAGGAAAACUUAGUGUGAUGGUAGAAAAGGGUGGGACGUAAAGUAAGCUAGUGAUCUAGUUUAUAAAUGGUAGGGUAUGCCAAUUUCUAAAAUAUAAGUAACAAACUAUUAUGUAACGCACAUAAAGUUUACAUUAUGUUGAUUGUACUAUAGCAGCAGUACCCCCCACAGUCUCGGCAAGCGAUGUACAGCAGUGUAGUUAUUAAUCGUUGGACUUUAAAUCCCAUUAAUCUCAGCUUGAUGAAGUGCACUAUACCCUCAAGCCAAAAGUCCUCCCUACACUCAACCAAACGUUCCACCCUUCCUAACAUUUAACAUCUGACUCUAACAGUGAAAUUUAAAACGGGACUGUAAUGAGUGAUUCGGUAACUACUACAAUACAAUAACUCAAGUGAUACCUGACAUUAUAUGUUUGCAAGUUUUUUUGUGAGAUUUUAAGACACUGUGCCUGUUAAUAACAUUAGAUGGAGCACAUAGUUAUCGGUUUACUUCCUCACUCUCCUUACUCCGCAGUAGAAUCCGUGAAAAGAACAUGAUAUCCGCAUUAUUCAUUCACAAGUAUGGGGUGUUUAUAAAUUUUUUUGAUUAUACAGAAUUGGAGCGUUAUUCCAAAAACUAGAAAAUGGCCAGUAAAGGACAAAAUGGUCUAGUUAGACAAAAACCUGAACUGGAAAUCUAGUUUAAAGGAUCACUAUAGGGUCAGGAACACAAACAUAUAUUCCUGACCCUAUGGUGUUAAAACCACCAUCUAGUCCCCGUGGGUCUGGCAUGCCUCCAUAAAUAUAGCAAACUCUUACUGUAUUCAAGCCUGGAGCUGUAGAUCUGCAUUCUGUUUGUCUCAGAAAAACAAGCUGUUUGCUGGCAUAAUCAGAAGUGGUAGCCUGAUCCAAUCACAAUGCUUCCCCCUAGGAUUGGCUGAGACUGACAAAGGGGCAGAUCCAACAUGAUUCAAACACAGCCCUGGCCAAUCAGCAUCUCCUGAUGAAUCUCUGAGGAAAGUUCAGUGUCUGCAUGCAGAGGGAGGAGACACUGAAUGUUUGGAUGCAUUUUAGACAGCCAUGACCCAGGAAGGAUCUCUAACAGCUAUCUGAGGAGUGGCCAGUAAAGUUAUCACUAGGCUGUAAUGUAAACACUGCAUUUUCUCUGAAAAGACAGUGUUUACAGCAAAAAGCCUGAAGGGAGCUAUUCUUCUCACCAGAACAAAUUCAAUAAGCUGUAGCUGUUCUGGUGACUAUAGUGUGCCUUUAAGUUUAAAAGAUUCAUUACUGUUAGAAAAAUGUUCCACGUUAUUUAUUUACAAAACUUCCUAUAGACUUUAACGACCACUUCUGUAAAGUUUUCUUCUAACCGUAUUGAAUCAUGGACUUAGUUUAAAAUAUAUAUUUUUUUGGCUUUGCAAAAUUUGCAAUCCUUGCCCUUUUCUCAGCAGUCUCCAGUCUAGGUUUUUAAACCAUUACAAUUAGUUAUAUAGCUCCAACAUAUUCUGCAGUGCUGUAAAACAAAUAAAACAAAGACAUUAUAAGAGGGCGCUUCCCAAACUAGCUUACAAUCUAAAUAAAUAGCGUAUAUUCUGGGGGCCAACUGCACGCAUGUCAGUCGUAUGAUGCAUUGCAGCUUGCAGUGUAUCCACUUCUCAGGCCUACUGCUCGAAGGCUGACGUAUUGCCAGAGGAUUAGGGUAUGAAUCCUCACGGUAUUCAAGUGUUUAAAUAAAUAAACUGCGCUGAAACCACUGAAUGAAUUCACGUCAUUUGUUUGCGCUGCCACUUGAACACGAUCAGGCUGUGAAUCCGGGAGAUGGUCCAAAACUGACCUCUUUUCACACUAAGGGUCCCUCUUGCCACUACAGCUCCGUAGAGCGUGUCUCCGGCACAAAGUGCUUGAAAGAUACAAGGUUGAAAAGAGGUCUAGAGAUUGUAAGUGCCUUUGUAGCCAUUAAUCCGGGCACCCUAUGGCCCUCUCUUUACAUCACAAAAGACCCUCUCCUAUUAGGAAAACAGCUGCAUGAGAUUUAGGAUUGGUCACUGGAGCCGUACAAAGGCCACACUAUGAAAAUGAAGUCUGCUAAAGGCAAUUGGUUCUUUUGUGAGAAAAGAGAAACAGACAGGUCGAAAAGAGGAACGAAAUUUGAAUUCUUAAACCUUUAAACUCACUUGAAAAGGGGCCGGAGAGUGGUCCUUAGAUAAUAGGGUCCUCUGUGAAGACGCUGACAUAAUACAAGAUCCCAUAAUUUACUAAUGUAACCAGUUCUAUUCAGAGAGCGAGCGAUGCUAUAUGGGAGAUGGGUCCGCAAUAUUUUUCAUAAAUGGUCUAAGCAGCAAAUGCUGCUCGGAGUUUGAGAUGGGAAAAUCUUCUAAAACCAUCAAAAACCAUUAAAAAAAAAAAUAAUAAAUACAAAUCUAUUUACCUUUUUUAGCACGCUCUGAUCCAAUUCUGUUCUAUAUAAAGGUUUUACUUAAUAAAGAAUAAAUUCUCUACAUUACUGACUAAAAAAACAAAAAAAAAACAAUGACAUGGGAAUAAAUAAUUAGGCAUGUGUGUUUUGUGUCCGCCCCCUUAUUGUUUGUGGAUUCACUAAACUCCAAACUGUUCUGAAUUCGUACUUUUUUCAAAAAAUUGCUAAUCCAGAAAAACUCUACUCCACUAUAGUAACUGUUUUAUUUGAGCCAAAAUGUUCCAAUUUGGUUUUCAGUUCUCUAUUCAGUUCAGUAUUAAUGAAAUAAAACCCCAAAUAGUUAAAUUGUUGGAUAAAUCCCUUUUAUAUUUUGUCAUCUAUAACAUUUCAGAUUCCCUUAAAAAGGGCACUCCUUAUUCACCCAGAGUAAUUCUAGAGGGUGCAGUGAUCCUUAGUCCGUACAGUCAAUGGAAAUAUAUUCACACUCUGCAAGUUUAAUCUUUGGGGACAAUUACAUAAAAAGUGUGAGAGAAAAAGCAUUUUGGCUGAAGUGCAGCAAUGCUUCACGAACGAUAAGGCAGGUGAAAUCAUCAAAACAUGGAGUUUAUUUAAUGGCAACGUCUUAAGAAUGCCUGUUCAAUUUUCUAAUGUAUCGUACACUAAUAAUUAAGCAGUUUUUCCUUUAAACAUAGACUGUGGCAGUUUAACCCCUUAAGGACCAGACUUCUGGAAUAAAAUGGAAUCAUGACAUGUCACACAUGUCAUGUGUCCUUAAGGGGUUAAACAGGUCGGUACUGUUUUUUUUUGUUUAAAAUUUUUUUUAGUUGAUAUAGCAACAACAUUUUCCGCAGCGCUGCACAAUAUGUAUUCAUGGCAGGAUAAUAGACCGGGUUUAAUUGAUUUCACUUUAUUGAAAUUUAAAUGUACAUAUUGGAUACUAAUGGGCCAAAUUGUAGGUAAAUAUCCACACAGCAUUAACAUCUGCAGUUGUCUCUCUCUUUGUACACCCAGUCAGCUGUCACCCGGGAACUUACUACGAUGGCGAGAAGGAGCAAUGUGUUUUAUGCCCAAAUGGAACCUAUCAAAAUGUGGAAGGGCAGAUAACCUGUGAAAUUUGCCCAGGUCCAGAGAACCGAGAGAGCCAAAAGAAUCCAGGCGCUCGGGAAAUAGCAGAAUGUGGAGGUAAAAGUGUGGUCAGACCCAGUCCCAUCACUGACGCAUCAAACACAAUGCUCUGUUAUAUUUCAAUAUAUUUAGCAUACUAUUCAGGGUGGUGCUAUAAUGGCUCUUGGGAAUAUGGGUAGAGAAGGCAGGUACACACCCAACAGCUCCGUACCUGCUGCUUAUAAUAAACUACAGACUAAGCUUCAGUUUGUUCUUCGUGAUAGCCUUUUAAACAUCCUGAGCAUUCUUCAGCUCCUGUGCUUACUUUAUGCAUUCUGCUGGAAGACAAUUCCAGGUAUCUACUAACCAUCUAUAUCACUAGUUGCUUUUCCUGAUUCCACUGGAAGACUAUUCCAGGUAUCUACUACCCUUUCUAUAUCACUGCUAGCCUUUACUGCUUCCACUGGAAGGUUAUUCCAGGUAUCUACUACCCUUUCUAUAUCACUGCUAGCCUUUACUGCUUCCACUGCAAGGCUAUUCCAGGUAUCUACUACCCUUUCUAUAUCACUGCUAGCCUUUACUGCUUCCAUUGGAAGACUUUUACAGAUAUCUACUACCAUUUCUAUAUCACUGUUACCUGGAAUAGCCUUCUAGUGAAAGCAUUAAAGACUAUAGCUACUACCCCACACAAAGUUAUCGUCUCAAACACGUUCCUUAUAGAUUUUGUUACUAUUAAUUUAUAGUGCCAACCUAUCCUGCGUAUUUAAUAUUCGUUUUAUUAUUCCUUAUGUGUUAUAGUGACGACAUAUUCUGCAGCGCUGUACAAUAUACUCACAGUAAAGCAUUACAAAUGUAUGUCAUAAAUACACAUUUAUAAAGAAGGUUUUAUUCAUCAUUCUAUUGUAGCACAAACAUACCGUCGAAAUGUGCGUGUGUGUAGCCAAAAUAUACAGAAAAGUUACGCAAACAGGAUGCGUCCUGCUCAGACAAGCUCUCGGUGUAAGGAAAUUAGAUAUAAAGCUCUGCUGUUGUGAGAUUACAGUGUAAAACCAUUAACCGCAAUGUGAUAUGGUGACUAAAUGAACGCAGUGUGUGGGUGUGUCUGUUUGUAUAGACAAAAUGCAUUGCAUACCACUGUGGUAAUGUAGGGGUUAAUGGAAUCUACACUGCUCAGUUGUAUACAGUAGUAAUGUUUACAGUGUGAAUGGUGGGGUCUUAUGUUGGUCCACAGUGCCACCUACUGGUCCUUUUCACCGCUGUUAGGGAAUCUAUUCAAUAAAUUCUAGGGACAGUUGAUUACGACUUACAACUCCCAGAAUUCCUUGCAUGCAACAGGUGGCCAGAGAAUCAUGGGAGUUGUAGUUCAGCAACAUCUGGGGAGCUGAUGUUUGAGAUGUUUGUUGUAGAAUUUCUUGGACAGAAUCCAUUACUUGGUAAUCGUAUAAAAUCUAGAGCAGAACUGGACAAAAGGUUGAUCCACCGAUGUCGAGUAACUGCCAGACUUUAGCAUGGCAAAGCAUAAUAGAAGUUGUAGUUUCAGAACAUCUGUAGGGAUAGAGUUUGGAGAACCCUGAUCUAGAGUGUCACCCUCCCCUACCAUCCGCUGUCUGUAUACUCUCCUCCUCGAAUGCCAGCACUGCAGUGCACUGUUUGUAUAGCAAGACAAGGGAAGAAACUAUACGGCUCAUACAUAUAUAUUUCUCACCCAGUGCAUUAUACAGUGUGUGAUCUAAAGAAUGCUAUACAAAACGCCUUGAUGGCAGCUAUUAAGUAACUUAAUUACAGGAACAUUGUAAUAUCUGUAUUCCUAGCGUUACUGCCUUGAUGCCCACGGUGCUCCCCACCAUGUAAAAUAAAACUAACUUGCCUUUUUCCAACGCCGAGUCUCCCUUGGGACUGCAACAGCCUCUUCGUCUUGUUAAGUCAUCCUCGAGGCAUGCCUUUAGAAUGACAGGCCAAUUCAAUAGCCUCAUAGAGGAGUACUGGGGAACAUAUGCGCAUGUGUGGCUCAUUGCGCCAAUGAUUCUUCAGAGAAUCAUUGCAUUUAGUGAUUUUCUAUUGCCAAUCGUGAUGACACUGUACAUGCGCAUGACAUCACGGAAUGUUAUGGUAUGAGAGUUGGGAAGUAAGGCUCCCAGUUCUCGUACACAGAGGGCUUCCAAGUCUUAUAAUUAGUUUAAUAUUGAAUUUUGGUGGGUAGAACAGAUGGGCGACUGCAGGCACUAGCACAACUUCAAUAAGUUGAAGUUGUUAAAAUGCCUACAGCGUUCCUUUAAUUAUUCACAUUUAUAAUUGGAGUUCUCCAGGUCAUUUUCAAUUUGAAUCAUUGGAAUUCACACUUUUUUCUUUCUUCCUCCCCCAUGCAGGGCUGUGCUCCGUUGGUGAAUACUCAAUAGAUGGCUUUCGCCCCUGUGAACCAUGCCCCUUGGGAACCUACCAACCAGAGACUGGUCGCACCUCAUGCUUUCCAUGUGGUGGCGGACUCACUACUAAACACAACGGUGCCACUGCCUUUCAGGACUGUGAAACUAAAGGUGACAUGUUAGAGCAAAAACCUGUAAUUAAUUAUAAUAUUGUAAGAAUGUGUUAAUUUAAUAUGAUCAGUUAUUCACAGGAGACUAACAUGGCUACUUCAGAGACCGUUGGUCCAUAAGGAUUGUGGCUAUCUGACUAGUACCUCAUAUAUAGCGGAAGCCCCAACCUUUAUCAACGAUAUUGUAUAAAGCGAGAGAGAGGGAGCACCCUAAAGAGAAGGAGCCCCCUGCCUUUAUCGAAAACAACAUGUAAAGAGAUAGAAGAAGCUCCCGACUUUGUCCACAAUAAAGUGUAGAGAGAGUGAGCCCCCCCAUGUCAAGUCAAAGGUUACACCGUGUGACCAAAACGUUGUGUUGCUAUGUUCCAUUUAGGCCUGCUAUUACUUUGAAUGUAUGUGCCUGGAUUUAUCUUACGUUUAUCAAGAUUAUUGUGGGAGCUUGGGCAAAUCCCUUGAGUCCGGAGCACCUCUCCUACAUAUGAGAGUGCAGUCACUGUUUUCAUUUGUUUAUCCACCUUUUUAUUAAAACUAGAAUCCAAAUCAGACAACAUACUUUAAAGUCCUUGUAGUGGAAAUUAAGGGAAUGCUAUAGCAUUUGGAAUACAAAUUUGAGUUUUACUCUACUUAACAGAAGUGAGGCUAGUGGCUGCCAUAUUGAAAGCCACUCGAGGCUGGCUAAACCUCUACACAUUGCCUUUCCUGUAGAAUAGCAAUGUUUUCAGUUGCAGGGUUAAAAAGUGGGUGGGGGGGCGUGGCCAACUGCUGAGCAACCUGGCUGCUUAGGAAAUUGCUCAGGCACCCGGGCUCUCAGAAUCCGACAACAUCGCCUCCCAGGGCACUAAAAAACAUAUCAAAACGCAUGAUGUCAAAUCCCAAAGGGAAGAAGAAUGCACAGAAAAAUGAAAAACUGAAUUUUUUUUACCCACAAAACCGCGAGCAGCUCUGAAGUUGACCGCGGCCCAAAUCAAGAUGGCGCCGACGACCAAAUAGCGGGAAACAUCACAAUCACAGGCCCAUCACAUGAAGGCCAGGAAAACCUGACCAAAUCACACUUAGAUGAGGCGAUGAACAAUAUGGCUGACAAACUCAUUAAAACAUGGCAAUCCUCCAAAUGGCAACUCAGCAAGGAGAUCCAAGACAUUGGCAGCAGAACCACACACGUGGAAAACAAACUGAGUGAAUAUGCCACAGCACAUAACGACAUGGCUGACCAUGUGACGGCACUGGAACAUAAAACAGCAAUGGAAGCACGCAUGGCGGAUGCCGAAGAUCGCUCACGAAGGAAUAACCUCAGAUUGAGAGGAGUCCCAGAGAACAUCUUGCCGAAUGAUCUACAGGCCUAUGUCCAGGGCCUUCUGCGGGCAUACGCUCCCGACAUACCCACAGAAAUGCUCCUAGUGGACCGGGUACACAGAGUGCCCAAACCACGCAACCUACCUGAUUCCAUCCCCUGGGAUGUCCUACUGAGAGCACAUUACUUUCAUAUAAAGGAAGUGGUGUUGCGAGCCAGUAGGAACUCCACAGAACCGCAUGGGACCUAUGCAAAAGUUUAAAAUACUGGUGGAUUUAUCCGCGGCAACCCUUAAACGCAGAAGAGAAUUUCACCUGGUGACAGAGGAGCUGUGCCGCGCUGGAAUUAGAUACCGCUGGGUAUACCCCACCAAGCUAUUAAUCACAAAAAACGGCGAUCUCAAAAUUAUCUACACACCAGACAAAGGCACCCGGACCCUGAGAGAAUGGGGGCUCGCUACAGAUACCCCCCAUGAAACCCAGAUGAGCCCAACUAAGCGACUGAUCCCAGAAUGGCGCCAAAUCCCUGUGACUUUUUCGGUGAACUCGGCUGACAAAGCCAAAACCAGGGACACGUGAGAUAUUCACAUAUACUAAUGUCAUGUUCAUAGUUCUUGUUUCAGUUCAAACGAGGUUAACUGCUUUGAUUAGCAUAUAAUAUGUUUAGAUAGCUAAAUAACAACACAUACACUACGAUAGAUGCUGGUAGGGGGUGCCCCCCUCACAUAUGAUACUCAAGGAGAACUCCGGGAAACAGAGAGGGCCCGUAUCAUAUGCGCACAAGUAGAAAGAGGGGACCCCAGAGGGCUAGGGGUAAUCAUGCUGUCUAUUGUCAACUGUAAUAACUGAUGUUGUGCAUAUAUGAUGACUGUAACCUAAGGAUGCAAAGAACGUCAGAUCACUAUGCGGGGCGACAGCUCCUAUGUAUGAGACGUUAUCUGUAAACCACAUCACACAAGCACAUACUGCAUGAUCUAGCAGGCCGAGUGUACUGCAAUCAUCCCCCCAAUAUACUACGGGAUUUAAGGGAAGUGCACCCACAGCCUAUGCCAUAAGCACCGCAAAAAGGCAUUAUGUAGAACUGAUCACCAUAACAGGCACGACAAACCACGCUAAAUAGAAGAAGCUGGAAAUAAAAUAUUGUAUCAACAAGAUAGCCACUUAGACAAAGCUCAAGUUACACUCAGCACCUGACAAACAUGGAUUAAAAUGCUGUACAGGCAUACCCUAAACCACCCAUACACGCUAACCAGCAAACUAGCAACAUGCACACUAAUCACAUGCCCACUGGAUCACAGCUCUGAGGCAAGAUAAAAUGGCCACACUACUAGAGACGCUGUCUAGGCGUCCAUCCCCCAUGGCACAAUGCCAAAGUGCCAAGACCCACGUUUGGGUCAGUUUGUAUAUACUUUGUUUGUUACCCCUUCCUUCCCCCACCUCUCCUGAACCCCUUACUCCCGGGCACAAAUAUGCAGUCGCGCAGAUGCCGGCUACGAGGCACAUAACACAGCCACUGCACACACAACAUAACAUAGACUCCGCGAAACCACAAACGAGCACCGCUUACCACACACCUAUUACAUGAAAAUAUACUCACACAACUGCAGGGGGCUGAACAUCCCCAUUAAAAAGCGUAUGGCACUAGAGGAAGCCAAACAAAAUCAAGCGGACAUUAUAUGUCUACAGAAAUCUCAUUUUCUUACCUCCAGAGUGCCCAACUUUGGCGCACAGCACUACCCCCACCAAUACCACGCAACACAUUCAUCUAAAUCAAGAGGGGCCUCCAUCCUUCUACACUCAUCCCUAACAGUGGAAACUUUACAAGUUAUCAAAGAUAAACAAGGUAGAUUUGUGAUGUUGCAAUGCCUCUUAAACAACUCACCAUACACUAUAGUCGGCUUUUAUGCUCCUAAUGUACAUCAGCGAAACUUUUUACAAGCAUCAACAUCAUGGCAAUCUCCAAAACUGCACACAUUUUACAAAAACAGAAACAGAAAACAUACUCACAAGGCAACAAAGCAGGGAAGCACCUAGCAACACUGCUACGCCAAAAACAAUCCAGUGCAAAAAUCCCAUACCUACUCACACCCAAAGGCUCUAAAAUCCAUAACCCACAGGGCAUUAAUGACACCAUGGCAAACUACUACCACACACUAUACAAUCUUAAAGAUGACCCAGUGCGUCAUUUUAUCACUUGACGCUGAGAAAGCCUUCUUAAGACUGCACUGGCCCUUCCUUCGGGCAGUCCUGAUCAAAUAUGGAUUCCCGGACGCCUUUUUAAGACUGGUGGGAGCGCUGUACUCCAAGCCGACAGCGAAAGUCACAAACGGGGGAUUCAGCUCAAAACAAUUCGAAAUAACCAACGGGUCGAGACAGGGCUGCCCACUAUCACCUCUCCUUACAUUUUAUCUCUAGAACCACUCACACAACUCAUUAGGGACAAUCCGGACAUACAUGGCAUCACAAGGCAAGGAACAUAAACUGACACUAUUCGCAGAUGACGUUCUCCUAACACUAGAACAGCCACAGAUAUCCCUACCUAACCUUCAGAAUACGCUCUCCCAAUAUAGAAAAUGCUCUCACUAUAAACUCAAUGUUAAUAAAACUCAGGCAAUGGGUAUAAAUAUCCCAGCCGAGGAUAUGAGCAGGCUGAGCGCCUCUUUCAAAUACGAUUGGCGCAAUGACCACCUCAAAUUCUUAGGAAUCAAUAUCACUCCAACCUCAGCAAAUCUCUACAAAAACUACUACCAAAACACACUGUCCGAAAUAAAAAACUUACUGCUAGGAUGGAAAGGUAAAUUUAUAUCCUGGUCAGGAAGAAUAGCCGCAGUCAAAAUGAUAGUCAUACCAAAACUGCAAUACCUAUUCAGAACAUUACCCAUAAAAACACCACCCAAAUUCCUACAAGACGCGCAACAAACACUGCUUAACUUUAUCUGGGACAAACAUAAAGCGCGAGUGGCGAAGAGCACACUAUACAUGCCACGCAAGAAAGGGGGUAUGGAAGUACCCAACCUAGACAGCUAUUACAGAGCAGCCAUAUUAGGUCCCUUAUUAGUGGCGUGCCACCGGGACAACCCAACACAAUGGAUGGAACUGGAGACACAACAUGCUAACAAUAUACUCAUUACUAUACUGGCAUGGCUCCCUCGACACAGCAGGCCAGCAACAAAUGAACUGCUCCCAACCACAGCUCUAACUCUGUCCAUAUGGGACAAAUACUGCCGCACAUUAGGCUGGUCGGGCAAAAUAUCGCCCGCCACCCCUAUAAAAGCAUUACACUAUAUGAUACCAAACUUUAAUUACACUCUGUGGCACCGACAUGGGGUAACACACCUACACCAACCACUGUAAGGAACAUACACUUAGAAGCCUCACGGAUCUAACCACCUCUUACCACUUGACCCCAAUGGCCUCAUUCUCAUAUAUGCAAUUACACUCACGGUUCAGCAAGCAAACCUUGAAUAGGAUGGAUAAUGUACAAGGGCAACAGCUGACGGUGGUAGAAAAAAUUUGCUCACGCCUAUCAAUCCCCCAAAAAACUUAUAUCCGAACUAUAUCGAACGAUGCACACUCAAAAAGACCACACAAAAUUAUCAUUCAUUGCAGCAUGGGAGAAGGAAUUCACAUAUACGCUCGAUGCGCAGCAAUGGAAUAAAAUCCUACUUGCACAUAACUCACUCUCCAAAUGCGCCUCCCACAUGGAACUAUCCCGAAAAAUCUUAUACCGAUGGUACUUAGUGCCUACACGUACAAAAGCAACAUACCCACAAGCAUCCGAUAUCUGUUGGAGAUGCCAACAACACAAAGGCACAAUGCUCCAUGUAUGGUGGAACUGCCCCUUCCCAACAAACUACUGGGAAGACAUAACUACCAUAAUACAAGACAGCACAAAAAUGCUUCUACCCCGCAAGCCAGAAACGUACCUCCUCCAGCUCUUCCCGAAGGGAAUGGAGGGUAGCCAGAAAUAUUUAACUUACCACAUACUAAUGGCUGCACUAACAGUCAUUAGUAGACACUGGAAGUCUGCUAUCCCGCCCACAAUAACAGAAUGUAUACAGACGAUAGAAACAACUAAGCUUUAUGAACAGGUAACCAGACGAUCAAGUCACUCCAAAUAAAUCUGGUCACAAGCCUGGGAAAACUGGCAGUCGUACAUGGAGCGUAACACUGUGCCUUCAAAAUAAGACACUGGGCCCUCAAAAUAAGAGGCUGUGGCAAAGACCUAUAGACCGACAGCUGUGCCCUUUUAGACAAUGAAAAAUGUAAUCGAAAACAAAAGUGUAAAUAAUGAUAAUAACGCGGUAAAUAAACAGAAGCAACCAUAAGAAGCCGAACGCCUGGGAGAAUCCUACGACCCCCCCCCCUUACAUCUACACCUCAUCUCCCUCUGUGCCCCCACCCUCUAAACCCAUCCCUUCUCCUCUGUUUCCCCCCCUUCCAGUGGUACAUGAAACACUAAUACUUUGCACCGUCUACCAAAGAAAAAACCAGGUGACUGUGAACUCCGAUAGUCGAACAUGAGUCCUCCCCACGGUAGAAAAAUGACCAAACCGCUAGACGAACCUAGAGAAACACAAAGCAUGCACAAAAUUUUUUUUUUUUAAAUUUAUAUAUAAAAAUGUUGUAUAUAAAUAAUGCGCAAAUGGUAUGCAUGUCAAUGUAUAAGACGAUACUUACCUUACUACUGUUCCCCAUCCCCUUUCUAUUCUGUACCCUUAUAAAACUGAAAUAAAAAUUGUCGAAAUAAAAAAAAUAAAAAAAGUGGGUGGGGGGGCGGAGCUAACGGCCGAUCGAGCCGGACGCACACUAUGGGAGCUCGGAACGACAGCCCUGCUAACGGCUGUAAUCAGCCGCCAAAACCUACAGCAGGUGCCCAGGUUGAGAACUAACCUGCACCUCACACGAUGGGGAAACGUUCCAAAAAACUCUGGUCCGAAAAGAGCCCGGGAACCCAAGACAUCAGCAUGUUCCUGCAGCAAACGACCAUGCCCGCACCAACAAAGAUGGCGCCGGCGACCUCCACCUCAGUAUCAUCUGAGGAAGAGUUAUCCACCUUCCCGGAGGUAUUUCCAGCCACCCACCAGCCCUCAAAAGAGGGAGACACUGCUCCCUCAACCAAAGCAGACAUCAAAGCCCUUUUACACGAAAUAAGGGCCAUGUUCCAGGCGGACAUGGCUGGGGUGAGGGAGGAAGUGGCCACCCUAACUGACAGGGUUAUCAGACUGGAGGACGACAUGGACACGUCGAAAGUGGCUCAAACUACCACAGAUACUGCCCUUAAUUUUCUGCAAAAGAGCAAUGAGGACAUACUCAACCGCAUGGCUAAUAUGGAGGACAAGAUGAAAGCAAGAAAUGUGAGAAUUAGGGGAGUCCCAGAGACCAUAACAGCUGGAGAACUGCCUCAUUUUGUGCGUAGACUUCUUACUACAUUGCUCCCCCCAAAACAGGUGAAAGAAGUUGUUAUAGACCACUGCUUCCGACUACCUAAAGCCCCCAGAGCCCCUCCAGAGACAUUCUUGUAAAGCUUGACCGGGACUCAGACAGAAGCGCUAUUCUGACGGCAACAAGAGAUACCCCCAGUACCACAUUUGAGGGGCACCAACUGACAUUUUAUAGGGACAUAUCUCGCCAUACCAUCGUUUGGCGGCGGACACUCCGCCAACUCACCCAGCACCUCAGGGAAAGCGAAGUGCCAUAUAAAUGGGGCAUACACAAGCUGACCGUUGAAAGAGGGGGCAAGAUACAUUCACUUACUCACCUAUCUGAGUCACACCGUUUCUUACGGGAACUGGGACUGCCCGUAAGCGCCUUCCCAUUGCCGCAACAGACCUCCUGGUCAGUGGACCGGAUUACUCAGUUUGUCCCAAGAGAGACCGAAAGAGGAUCCCGUGACCCGCCACUGCGAAGAGGACUGACACAUCACAUCAUCCAUCCCACCAUACAAGCUCCAAGCGAGCUCACUUCUCUCCCUGGGUGUUAGCAUGGACACUAAAUGGUUUUUAUAAUUUCUAUAAUUUUUUUAUAAUUUUAAUUUAAUUUGAAUUGGCUCAGUUAGCAGUAAUUACACUGGUUCUGAAGAGUUGUAUACCCCCCCACCUCACCUACUGUGCCUGAGACGACCAGCAGUCCCCCCCCAACAGGUAGACGCUGUGUGAUACAGGCUGACAGCAACUGCUUCUAAUAUUAAUAUAAAUAAUUGUCAAUGACAGCAGAUUGAGAAUGAGGAAACAGAUAUAACUUCAGCUGAAAUGUCAUAGGUACCACCAGCACUCCCCCCCCCCCCCCCCACUACCCAGAAGAUCUUAAGCUUUAAAUACCUUUUGAUGAUGAUUGACUACUCUUUCUGGUCUGUACAAGUGAGAUUAACAUUUAUAUUUUGAAACGUGCUGUAUAACUGAUGUGUUAUGUUACGUGGCUUUAACCACGGUUACACUGUUGAUGACAUGUCUUAUGGCAAGUUGUGCACCAUACAAAGCACAACAAAAAUAGAGAAUUCCAAAAAAAAAAAAAAAGUGGGUGAAGGGGUGGACGUGGCACCAAGACCAUUUCACUCAGAUGAUGUGGUUUGGGUUCCCAUAAUGUUCCUUUAAAGCAAGAAUGUCAAACUCAAAGGCUAACAAGGGCCAAAUAAACAAGGUUUAAAGUACCAUUAAAGGGAACCAGACCACUUUAGCUCUUUGACGUGGUCUGGGUGCCAGGUCCCCCCUAGUUUUAACCCUGCAGUUGAAAACAUAGCAGUUUCAGAGAAACUAUGUUUACACUGCAGGGUUAAUCCAGCCUCUAGUGGCUGUCUCCCCAGAGGCCGCUUCCGCGAUUUACACUGAGUAAAUCGCACUUAUUUGAUGCUGGACAUCCUCACGGAGUCCAGCGUCAAAUAAGAUCAACAUAGGAAAGCAUUGAGUAAUACUUUCCUAUAGGCGGGUUUGAAUGCCUGCGCGCCUCUGGCCGUGCAUGCGCAUUCACCUCCACUUGGGAGCUGGGAGGUGACAGGGGAGGAGAGGUGACAAGCACCGAGGAAGCUCGGCGCUGGAUUAAGGUAAGUGGCUGAACGGGUUUGUUUUCCUGGCACUAUAGGAUCCCUUAAAGUUUGUUGUCCGCAGACAGACAGAAACUCUCCACUCUUGUGGCCUUGGGAGAGAAGACAAGAAUCAGAUCUUUCCCGUCUUGCAGCUGGCCACAGUACAAACCAGUUGCAGGGCAGGCGGGCCACAAGUGUGACAUGCUUGAUCUAUACACAAAAACUGCUUCAUUAUGCAAAAGUUGUGACUAUAGUGUCCGUUUAAGUUUCUUUGUGUGUUCCGUUGGCUAAGUUUCUGAACUGAGACCUAAGGAACAGAAAUAGUGACUAAAACAAGGUAUUUAUUGCUAGGAGGGGCAUGGCAAGCAAAUGUUUGUUGUAUACAAUUGAAAAGUUUGUCAAACUAAUUAUGUCAGCCACUAUACUUAUGGGUAUAUGUAAAUGAAAUAUUGGUGUAACACAGUAAUUGAAAAUAACAAUAACAAAAAUGACACUUGAAAAGUACAGGUAGAAACGGUAACAUUGUUAUAAUAAAAAUAACAUAACAUGGUAGAAAGAUAGAAUAAAUCGUAUCUUCGAGGCUUCAGUCAGUCAAUACUUUGAUUGGGAGAGAUGGAAAUUAACCUUCUCUGUACGUCAGGUUUGCGAGUUUUCAGGAUUGAGGCCUAAAGAUUCAGGAUCCUUCCGAUUUUAAAUUGUGAAUUCAGUCCACAUUUCACAGGAUCUGGGCAGCAUAAAUAGAAUUUUAUAUUGAUCGUGAACACUCCAAGCUACGUAAUGGUAUGGCGUUUUCUAGUGGGAGUGAGUUUUGUUGCCCGUGCGAGUGAUUCUGCCUUACUUUACUAAAACUACAAAACUUCUUCUCCAAAACCGUUCUCAAUUACGCUAAUUAUGCUUUAUUUAUAAAAGGGACGAUAGCUGAGUCACAUCUAGAAACCCAGCCCGUUUCAUUCUGCAGAUAAUGCUGUCUGUCUUCCGAUUGGUAGAGUGUUUUUUUUAUCUUGUAGCACUGUCCCAAUGGCAGCUAAAAGGCUGUAUGUCUUCCCUGCAGUUCAGUGUUCACCGGGACAUUUCUACAACACCACGACUCACCGAUGUAUCCGCUGUGUGGUCGGAAUGUACCAGCCGGAGUUUGGACAGAACUUCUGCAUUUCCUGCCCUGGAGACACAAGCACCGACUUUGACGGCUCCACCAAUAUUACGCAGUGUAAAAGUAAGGGUGGAAUUUCUGUCUGCAGGCGACUUCUUAAAGGUGGACUGUCAAUUCAAUGGUUUUAACAUUUAUUUUUAUUUAUCCUUGAUAUUUAACAUAUAUGUUUGAGGUCAGAAAAAUAAAAUUAAAUCCACACAGGCAGAUUUACUUAUAUCCUGGAAGGAGUACCAUAUUGGUUUCCUGUCCAUUGUUAGAAGCUCCGACCCUUGUACCAUUCAGUCUAGAGAGCUAAAAAAACAAACAAUGCAUGCCUUGGGUGUGCCAGGAAUUGACUGGAUUGUGAUGGCACGUGCUAAAUCUUCAGUGAAGCAUUGCAUGAAGAGGUCAAUACUAGUCUAUAAGUGAUUUUUCAAUAUUUUAUUCAGUAAUGUCAUUUCCAGAGAAGUGGUCUUUUUAAAUCCCCCAACAUUCAAAGGGGAUCCAUCAGUCGCCCUGAGUCAGCAUCACCAUGAAGUCACCAACUUUCUCAGAUGCAUGUAAAUAACACAAAUACUGCCAUCUGCUGUACAGAUUGUAAAACAGCUGAUUAUCUAGAUUUGUAUGUGAUAAUCACCCACUUAUACAGUGUUUUGCACUGAUUUCUAUUUAUCUAUUACUGGGCAUAAAGUAAAGGCUAUUAAAUAUAUUGUAUAAUUUGAAAUGCAUUAAAAUCAGUUUUGUCAUCGCUGAUUCUAUUAGACUGUGUCACUAUUCUUCAGCUUUGGCAUGGCGAUCUGUGUUAGAUACACUCACUCCAGCUCUCCAAACCUACUAGAACACAUACACUACCAGCUCUCCACACCUCCUGUAACCAACACUACCAACUCCCCACAUCUCCUGUAACCCAGACUACCAGCUCCCCUCACCUCCUGUAACCCAGACUACCGGCUCCCCUCACCUCCUGUAACCCAGACUACCGGCUCCCCUCACCUCCUGUAACCCAGACUACCGGCUCCCCUCACCUCCUGUAACCCAGACUACCGGCUCCCCUCACCUCCUGUAACCCAGACUACCGGCUCCCCUCACCUCCUGUAACCCAGACUACCAGCUCCCCUCACCUCCUGUAACCCAGACUACCAGCUCCCCUCACCUCCUGUAACCCAGACUCCCCUCACCUCCUGUAACCCAGACUACCAGCUCCCCUCACCUCCUGUAACCCAGACUACCAGCUCCCCUCACCUCCUGUAACCCAGACUACCAGCUCCCCUCACCUCCUGUAACCCAGACUGCCAGCUCCCCUCACCUCCUGUAACCCAGACUGCCAGCUCCCCUCACCUCCUGUAACCCAGACUGCCAGCUCCCCUCACCUCCUGUAACCCAGACUACCGGCUCCCCUCACCUCCUGUAACCCAGACUACCAGCUCCCCUCACCUCCUGUAACCCAGACUCCCAGCUCCCCUCACCUCCUGUAACCCAGAGUGCCAGCUCCCCUCACCUCCUGUAACCCAGACUACCAGCUCCCCACCUCCUGUAACCCAGACUACCAGCUCCCUUCACCUCCUGUAACCAUACUACCAGCUCCCCUCACCUCAUGUAAUUAUAUUGCCAAUCCAAAGGAAUUCUAUUGUGUUAGGGAUACAAAUCUGUAUUCCUAUACCUUUGCCCCUCUUACCCCCUUUCCACCCCUGCACAUAAAAGGUUAAAAACACUUUAUUUAGUCAUUUUACUUGGACAUCUGUGCUCCGCCUCCCAUGUCCUCAGACAGGGGAGAUCUAAUCCGCAUGCACGGCUAAAACCGCGAGUGCAUUAGGCCUUCCACAUAGGAAAGCAUUGCCUCAAUGCUUUCCUAUGGGGAUUUCCCUGACACUGGAUGUCCUCAUGCAGAGCGUGAGGAUGUCCAGCGUCGUUUAAGGGACCCAGAGUCCGGUUAACUUCCAGAAAUGCCUCUAGUGGCUGUAUGAUACAGCCACUGGAGGCAGUAUGAGUUUGCAGCAUUACAGUUUCUCAAAAUCUGCAAAGAUUUACACUGCAGUACUAAGGGGGGGACAGGAACCAUGCACCCAGAUCACUUCAAUAAUUCAGUCAAUAUACAGAUUACUGUUGACCUAUGUUGCAUUGUGUAUGUGUCAGCCAAUGCAAUAAAAGCUCUAUAGCAAAUGGCAGAAUACUGAUCCAAGUAUGGUGUUUCCCAGUUAUCUCUGUUAAUAUCUUUUGUGGGGCUGUCAGUGAUAGCAGUGCUGUUUGUUUUCUAUCCUGCUUACAGACCGGCAUUGUGGAGGCGAGCUAGGAGACUUCACCGGUUACAUUGAAUCCCCUAAUUACCCUGGAAACUACCCAGCUAAUGCCGAGUGUACGUGGAUCAUCAACCCUCCCCCAAAACGGCGCAUCUUGAUUGUAGUCCCAGAAAUCUUCUUGUCCAUCGAAGAUGAGUGCGGAGAUUAUCUAGUGAUGAGAAAAAGCUGUGAGUUUCCCCACCUCAAAACCUGUGUGUUUCGAGUGAGAUUGGUGCAUCACAACCUGCAGGGCAGUAAAACAGGUUAAAUCCAUGUUGUUCAAUGAAUGGCAGUGAAAUCUGGGAAAUGUAGGGCAACCAAACCUGGAGAGCGGCAUUUAGAUCCCCCUAGGUUAAACGUUCCAUGCAUUAGGUAUUAAAGUGGCAAAAUGAUAAAAUGUAUCAUAUGAUAAACAUUGUGUUUUCAGUGUUUAUCACUGUGUGACAUAAAGACUAUAUGAACACUGUAUUCACAGAAAGGCAAGUAAAUAUAGUGAUAAGAGGAAAGGGGCAAGUAAUGUAUUGACUCCUCCUUUGUUGCACUGUGCACAAUAUGCAAAUGAUGCCUGCGAUUCAGAAUAAUGACUUGGCAUGCAGGGCUGGAUGGGGAUGCUGUGAGUUUGUGGCUCAGUAUAGUGAAUGAUUACUUUAACUCUCAGUACUUUUUCUUGUUCCUAAUUAGUGGAUCAUUCUGGCAUUUCAUAUUAACCCCGCCAUUGUCAUUCACAGCUUCAUCCAAUUCUGUGACGACUUUUGAGACCUGUCAGACCUAUGAGCGUCCCAUCGCCUUUACCUCCCGAUCUAAAAAACUGUGGAUACAAUUUAGAUCUAAUGAAGCAAACAGCGCAAAGGGUUUCCAGGUGCCAUAUGUCACAUACGACGGUAAGAGGAGGGUUUCAUGUAUUUCUAAAACGUUAUUCACACAUUUUACUAGUUAGAGGGUUGUGGGAGGCUAAGUGAAAUCCUAAAAGGGCAUUUAAAAGAGAUCAGAGAUAUGUGUAAAAACAAUAAAACUUAUUUUAUUGCCAUGAGGAAAGCCUGGAAUAUUAAACCUGGUGAGAGAAACACAAACCCCAGCAGCUAUGGUCUGUGUGACUACAAUACUGCCUGGUGUACUCAUUGAGAUCUCAGGCUGAGGACAGAAGGGGGGCAUCUUGCGUGGUGUGUACACUGCACUGAUAGAGUAACCUCUAGUUCAGCAGUCCCACAUAAGCAGGAGGCUUAGCACAGGACUCUGGGCCCUUCACUGUAGCCACAUCCUGCUCAGUUGGAGUUCACACUUCUCUCCUCUGACACUUGUCAGUGAUGUGUGUGUUCAGCCCACAAUGCAAUUUGGAGUGUGCUGGUGUCUUGGAUUGGCAUGCUUUGCCUUUCAUUCCCUGCCUUUAUCCUCUAAGUGCUCACUAAUAAUCUCCGGUGAGUGAAAGUCCUUUGGUCUGUAUCCGCAGAAUAGGACCAGCUGAAUGAAGGAAAUGUGUAUGCAGUUUGGCUGUUUGUGAAGAGCUGAAUCGUCAAUGUUUAUUUAGAUUGAACUGAUCUCCGUCCGAUAACCAAAAUGCAGCCAAAGUUUGCCUUUUUUUAAAAAUAGGGAAACUUGUUGCAUUCUGUUCCAACAGCCAAAAUGUGACCUCUGAAUGGUGAUGUGUAUUUAUGUUAAACCAUUAAUGACCCUUUAAAUGAUUAUUCAAGCACUAUAUAACCACUUAUCUGAUCACUGCUUUCUAUGAAAUGCUGCACAUACAGAUAUUAACUCCCCCCUCCUCCUCCCCCCUGUUGACAGAGGUGUAACUCCACCACCAGCCACAUCAUUGGGGUGUCAUUAGCCGGCUCAGAACAAAUGUUCCAGGAAGCUUUUGUGAAUUUUGUUCAAAACUAGUGUUUGGCGCCAGAACGCACAGAAUGCUUGCGCCAGACAGCCAAUGGAAGUACAGCCCACUCCCUCCAUGCUGCCCAUGCCCUCGUCUCAGUCUGCUCUCCCUGACGUACUUUACCCUCCAGCAAGGGGGUGUGACAUCACUGGAGGAAUUCUUUAAAUUAUUAUUAUUAUAUAUGGGGCAGUGGGGGAGUGUGGACAACAGAGGAAGUGUUACUGUGACCAAACCAGUGUUUUUGGAUUGUAUGAUGUUACCUCCUCUCCAAAAAACAAAACAGUUAUUGAUUGGAAUAACCCUUCAAUCAAACUGCCGGUCUUAUGAUACAAUAGAGCGAUCAUGCUUGAGUUCUAUCUUGUAUCUUAAUAGUUUUUCUCAUUCUUAUUUCUAUGCUCUUCACUUUGUUUUUGUUUUUUUACCCCCUCUUCUGCCUUUUUUCAGGAUGUCAAUUUCACCUGCAGGUGGCAGCAAAGUACAUGUACAAGUAGCCUUUGAUGUCUGGGAGGUGAUGUUUGUAUUUAAAUGCAGAUGGUUAAUGUAGUAGUCCAUCAGUGGCUAAAUCUUGGCAUACACCAUGGUAGCCCAGAUACCCCAGUGCAGGAAAAAUGCUAUAACUGGUUAUGUGUCUGUUCCAGAAUAAAAUGUUUUAUUUCUCCUUAGUAUAGCUCUGUGCCUUACAUCACUUUAUCAUACUAGCUGCAUUUCUACCUUUUGAUGUUUCUUGUAAAGUAAAAGAAAGCCUUUGUAUGACUGUAGCCUCUUAACAAACCCUUGUGCUCAGUGUCCCUCUCUGCAACAAACUCAUCUCCACCUCAUCUCCGAAGAAAAUUCACAAAGGCUAUUGAUUUUCUCAUAAAACAUUUGUGGAAUGUUCCACUGGACAUCUGAGGUGUUUCAUCCUUUUUAUCUCAAGGAUCUACCUCUCAAGUGUUAAUAGAAAAGUUAGAUAAGAGAGAUGAGCAUUGUAUGACUGGGAAAUCCUGAUUCUAGACGUACAGGGCAAGGAGAGAAGCAGAGAAUUUAAUUGUCCUAUCGAUUUUAUUUUAAAUUGACAGAGUAUUGAUCUUUAAAACACUUUAAUCAAUAGUAAAUACAAACUUUCUUUUAGCAUUUUAAAGGGUUCAGCUGUUUGAAUGUGUUUUUAAGAAUAAUUUUUAAUUUGAAGUUGUGAUUUAGAAUGUCCUCACCCAAUAGAACCGCACAAUUUUUAAAUAAGUAAACAGGGUAAUGCAAGUCAUGCCAGAAGAUGAACAUGUAUGAGUAGUAAUAAAUGGUUAUGUAAACUGUCAUUUUUGGUAUUUAAAAUAGGAUAAUAUAAUAAUAGCAUGCUUCUAAGGUAUAACCAGCUUCUGAUUGACUUAUAUGUUGGCAUGGGAUUGUAGAUAAACAAUGAAACAUUCAGGCAAUUUGCACAUGUAUCACUUUUCAAAUGGGAAGCAUGUUAGGGAAGUAUGGUUAUUAAUGUUAGGCUACAAUAUGUGUAGCUGCUGGUCAAGGUUACACCUUGUAUAGGUAAAUAGGGCAAACAACAAAAACAUGAUAGAAUGCCACUGAGUAGGAACUAAUACAUAAAACAUAGGAAACAAAUACCACUGGGUUAAACAAUGUGCAAGAAAGUAGGGACAGCCUGUGUCACCGCAACUGCCAAAUUGCGGUAUUUAAACAUCUAGUUCAGCUCACAUAAACCACUGGGGACCAACUAUAAGAAAAGCUGCUAUACAGGUGAAAACAAAACAUCUUCACAAUUAAAAAUAUAUGGCUAAUAACAGUGAGGCAAAUAAGCUCCUCCGGAAAGAUUUGUGGGACAGUCAACGAAUUCCCAAUGAGGGUGAUGAGACUAGGACAGGAGGCUGUUUGCUUAAAGGACCACUAUAGUGCCAGGAAAACAAACUCGUUUUCCUGGCACUAUAGGGUCUUUAGGUCACCGCCCACCCUCAUUGUCCCACUCUCGCCGGCUGAAGGGGGAGGAAGGGAUUAAAUUCUUACCUUUCUCCCUCUUCCCACGUCAUCCGCCGAAUGCGCAUGCGCGGCAAGAGCUGCGCACGCAUUCAAUCAGUCCAUUGGUAAGCAUUUCUCAAUGAUUUCCUAUGGACGGCAGCUGUGAAAAUCACUGUGAGAAACGCAGAAGCGCCUCUAGCGGCUGUCAGUGAGACAGCCACUAGAGGCUGGAUUAACCCAAAUGUACACAUAGCAGUUUCUCUGAAACUGCUAUGUUUACAGCUGCAGGGUUAACACUAGAAGGACCUGACACCCAGACCACUUCAUUGAGAUGAAUUGGUGUGGGUGCCUAUAGUGGUCCUUUAAUGUAGUUUUACACCUCUCGUAUUUACACUCUUUUAAUUUCCUAAAGGAGUUAUGUAAAGCUAAUUCAGCAAGUGUGUACAUCACCUAUAGUGAAAUAUUGCUAAUAAUGUAUUGUAUGUAUCUUUCUCACAGAAGAUUAUCAGGAGCUUAUUGAAGAUAUAGUACGUGAUGGUAGAUUAUACGCAUCAGAAAACCACCAAGAAAUUUUAAAGGUAAUUAUUGAUUAUUAUUUCUGCUUGUCAUAUAUAUAUUUUUUUAAUUCUUUAUUUAUGUGAGCUUGGUUUGGCAAGUUAACAGCAUCAUACGUAAACAGUGGUAUGAUAAUUUAAGGCAGUACCGUAAAAUAGCGUUAACAUUGAUGGUUUCAACAUUGUAAGCACAUUUUCAUACAACAAUCACGUUGGGUGGCAUACCUGGGGUCUGCAGGGUUGUAUCAGGUUCAGUAUUAUGUGCGUUAUUCCCCUGGUGUACUAAAAGUGUGGGAGUGUGUGGGUGCUCCCUGGUUCGGGUUGCGAUGUGUCAGUGUGUGUGGGAGCAGGGGCGGACUGAGCACUCGGGCAAAUCGGUCAUGGACCGAGGGCCCGAGGCUCUGGGGGGCCCGCCCCUGCUGCAGUGCAGUAAUGGCUGAGCUGGGGAGUAAAACAAUCUCCCCAGCCAGCCUGCACUCAGUAAGGGGCCCCCACAGCCUUCCGCGGGCCCCUGCUGCUAAAAAUAUAAUCCCCGUGCAGGGCACACUGAGGGACAGCUAAGGGGCCUUCCAAAGACCCUGCUAGGCUGCCCCUCAGUGUGCCUGUCUCCAAACACAGCCUCACUGAGCUGCCUGUAACUGCUCAGGGCAGCUCCGUGCGGCUGGUUCUGCAGGAAGUGACAUCAGCAGUCACAGUGCAGAGUGAGGAGCUGCCCUGAGCAGACUAACAGGCAGCAUGUCAGCAUUGUGUGCCCUCCUUCAGAAGAGGACCACCAGAGAGGUAAGGUUUGGGAGGGGGGCUUUAUUUUUUUUUUAAUUAAAAUGUGUUAUUAUAUAAUUUCCCCCACUACUGCCCCAUCAGAGCCCAUACCCCCCCUUGCUCCCACUGCAUCCCCUACCCCCCCACUGCAUCUCCUACCCCCCUCCGCUCCCAGUGCAUGCCCUACCCCCCUGCAUCCCCUACCCCCUCCCACUGCAUCCCCUAUCCCCUGCUCCCACCAUCCCUACCCCCCUGCUCGGUGCAUGCCCACCCCCUGCAUCCCUACCCCCUCCCACUGCAUCCCUAUCCCCCACUGCAUCCCCUAUCCCCCCACUGCAUCCCCUACCCCUCCUGCUCCCACUGCAUCCCUGCCCCCACUGCAUCCCCUACUCCUGCUCCCCCACCCCCUCCCAGUGCAUGCCCUACCCCUCCCCUGCAUCCCCUACCCCUCCCACUGCAUCCCUAUCCCCCCACUGCAUCCCCCCUACCCCCCUGCUCCCACUGCAUCCCCUACCCCCCUGCUCCACUGCAUCCCUACCUCCCUGCUCCCAGUGCAUCCCUUACCCCCCCAGUGCAUCCCCUACCUCCCCUGCUCCCCAGUCAAGCCCCUACCCCCCACUGCAUCCCCCUACCUCCCUGCUCCCAGUGCAUCCCCUACCCCCCCCACUGCAUCCCCCUACCCCCCCCUGCUCCCAGUGCAUACCCCUACCCCCCCUGCUCCCACUACCCCCCCCUGUUUCAGUGCAUGCCCUACCCCCUGUUCCCAGUGCAUGCCCUACCCCCCUAUCCCAGUGCAUCCCCACCCCCCCCUACUCCCAGUGCAUCCCCUACCCCCCCCUGCUCCCAGUGCAUCCCCUACCCCCCCUAUCCCAGUGCAUCCCCCUACCCCCUUGCUCCCACCAUCCCCCUACCCCCCCUGCUCCCACUGCAUCCCCUACCUCCCUGCUCCCAGUGCAUCCCCUACCCCCCUGCUCCCACUGCAUCCCCUACCUCCCUGCUCCCACUGCAUCCCCUACCUCCCUGCUCCCACUGCAUCCCCCACCUCCCUGCUCCCACUGCAUCCCCUACCUCCCUGCUCCCACUGCAUCCCCCACCUCCCUGCUCCCACUGCAUCCCGUACCCCUCUGCUCCCACUGCAGCUUUUACCUGCUGCUCCCACUGCAGCUCCUACCCCCUGCACUGUGCGCAAUAGUAGGGUUUCGCUUUUGGUAGUGGCUAGUGGGCUACCCAACUGCUCCCACUGCAUCUCCUAUUACCCUUUGCACCCACUACAGUCUGUCCCUCCUCUGCACCUACUACAGCCUCUAAUCCACCCUAUUCCCCCGUACCCUCUACAGUCCCUCCCCUUCAGAGAAAAUGCAGUGUUUACAUCGCUUCCUAGGACCACCUAGGCGCUUCCUGUGUCAGUGUUGCAAAAUGUGCAGCACUGACAUUCAGCAUCUCCAUGCUCUGCAUGUCGACGCUGAACGCUUGUCAUAGAGAAGCACUGAUUCAAUGCAUCUCUAUGAUGGUGAUUGGCACAGCGUUUUGCUGCCUGCACAAUAGCCUUCUAGUGCUUUCCUAUGGUAGAGCAUUGGGUUGGCUGAGAUCAUCUAAAUUGAGUUUGGUCGGUGCUGGGAAACAGGUGAGUAAAUCGCAUUUUUAAGGGGGGAAUACACAUUUGUAUUCCUGACACUAGCGUGUUCCUUUAAAGGGACACUCCAGGCACCCAGACCACUUCUGCCCAUUGGAGUGGUCUGGGUGCCAACUCCCACUACCCUUAACCCUGCAAGUGUAGUCAUUGCAGUUUUUAUAAACUGCAAUAAUUACCUUGCAGGGUUAACUCCUGGUCUAUAGCUAAAAUUCCCAUAGGAAAGCAUUGAAAAUUCCCAUAGGAAAGCAUUGAAAAGCAUUUUCAAUGCUUUCCUAUGCAGAAGUCUAAUGCGCCUGCGCGGCAUUGCCGCGCAUGCGUAUUAGGUCUCCCCCGACAGCUGACGUGAUGAAGGGGAGGAGCAUGAGUGGAGGAAGAAGCAGCGACGUGGGACAUGUCGCUGCCUCUGGUAAGUCACUGAAGGGGUUUUCACCCCUUCAGCAACCGGGGAUGGAAGGUGGGAGGGAGAGGGGACCUGCCGUGCCAGGAAAACGGAUUGUUUUCCUGGCACUGGAGAGUCCCUUUAAGGUGGCUCGUAACAUUUAACACUUGGUUUCACAAAUACCCCCUUUUACAUACUGCCAUGCUACACAAACACACACAAAAAAAUACUACCCUAUUCACAAAACCAAAAAACAUGUAUUCAAAUAUACUAAUCAUCCACAUAUCCUGACACUACACACUACACACAAAGACAUACAUAUAUUCACUUACCCUAGUGCUCACAGUGAAUAUACACACAGAAACAUGCAUUCACUUUACAUGUACAUACAAUCAAAUAUACGGUACACCUAUACCAGCAUAUAUAUCGGUCUGCUGGGGGCCCAGGUGCUAAUUUUGCCCGGAGGCCCAGGCCACUGUCAGUCCGUCCCUGUGUGGGAGCAUGUAUGUGAUUGUUGCAAGCGGGUUUAGGUUUGUGGAUCUGGAUGCCUGUGUGUACUGGCGUGCGGAGCUCUUUCUAGUACCAGGGUGGUUGGAAUGACAAGUGUGAAGUGCGCUCCGGUUUGCGAAGUACCCGGUGUGGCAUCUCAUCUAGCCCCCUAUCCCUGGGAGGGGCGGGGUGGGCAGAGUGGCGGUAAUCAUAGUGAGCGCCAAUGUACUAUCCUGCGUGAGGGAUUGUCUGCCUUUCCUGCUGCUUGUUAUAUUUUAAUUCUAAAUUUCAUGUAAACCAUGGAAUCAGAAGUAAAUUUUAUUUCUAGACCUCUACAUUUUUACAUGUGUAAAUGUUGUUUUUUUUUUUGUUUUUUUUUCUUUCAACUAUUCCUUUUUAUUGCUUAAAUAAAAGCUUACUCAAAAGCCCUAUCUGAUUUACCAUACCUCAUCUAGAGACAAUUUGUUUACAGCUACAGUGUAGGGCUCCCCCAACAUUUAAAGGAAAAGUAAAUUCAUCCUUUUUCUGUUGGGACGUGUCUUUAUAAUGUUUAGUUUCGAGCGGUUUCACUUGUGGAAAAGAUACAUUUGUAUCCUCACCUGGCGCAUUCUAUGUGAGAUCCAGUGAUAAUAUCUUAUCCAAAUGAGCUUUAACACCUCCAGACCAAUUUUUCAUUUUCUCUUGAAAGAUAAAUUCCAUGAAAUAUUUUAUCUGACUUACUGUUAUGUACAGCCCUAAUGCUUUAAGAGUUAAUUUCAUUCAGUAGUGAAGAUAUGUUUCAUGCAUUUUGUUUUACGCAUUUCUAGACAUUGGUAUCUGGUUGCAUAGCGCACAAUAAAAAGCACGGGUCGAACAGCCAAAUUAUCUGGAGUGUAUGAACCCCCUGCUGAUUUAUCAAUGUCUCUGGAAACCGAACUGAAAAGGAAAGCGCUAAAUGCUCCGUCAAUCUGUAUGUCUUGACAGAGAGAAAGCCGACCGAGACGUCAUCAGGCAGCAGGAAAAUAGGAUUAUAAUAGGAAGAAAUAAAACCUGUCCUGUUUGAAAUCCGUGCAGUGCUUUCCCUGUGAGACUGUAAGGGAGGUGUUUGUGUAGAUAUAAGCUUGUUUCAGUGGCAGCAUGACCACGCAUGUGUUAUCAGCUCCCAUUUACAACUAUAUAGAAUCUGCUUCCAUCGGCUGUACAUGUACAGCGCUAAGCUCACUGCAGCCUCUCUGAGAGCAAAAUUAAAUUAGUUUAUAAUUCUGGGGCAGAGGAUUGAUUGUUUUUAUUUUAAAAAGAAAAGGGACUAAUUAUUUUCCUCUUUUAGGAUAAGAAACUGAUAAAAGCCUUAUUUGAUGUCCUGGCUCAUCCUCAAAACUACUUCAAAUACACUGCACAGGAAUCCAGAGAAAUGUUUCCCAAGUCCUUCAUUCGACUGCUCCGUGCUAAGGUGUCCAGGUUUUUACGGCCUUAUAAAUAAGGAUUGAACUUUCUGUCUGUGAUCUUCAUCAGGUUGGCAGUUUUACCAGGUCCUGCUUUCACGUCACUCCAAGUAUCACUCGCUCUUUGGCGUUAUUAAUUAUAUCAGAAGCAGGCCUUUUAUAUCUUAAUAAAAUGAUCUUUUUGACGACUAAAUGAACGAGUGCUGGAGAAGAGGAACAAAGCCUUGAUUUAACCAAACAUUUUACUACCAUUAACUUUACUGGUGAAAAGUACAGACAAAAUGUGUGCAUUUCUCCAGAACAUUACAUGGACCGACGGACCUUAUAUUCCUUUAUCAAGCUGGUUUAGCUACACAUCAUCAUUCGGUAGCAAAUCUGCCUUCAGUGAGAAACUACACAUGACAAAAAAUAAAACCUAGUGAGUGUAUAAUGUUGGCAAAUUUGUAUUCCUAGCUUACAGACCCUACCAGUGUGUCAGAGUGGCUGAAUUAAUAGAAAGCAUAGCUUCAGACCUGUAAUUAUAAGAGGUUAGUCCUUUGAGUAUCACGUAGAGACACCAGAAAGUGAAUAGGUAGUAAAAUGAUCAUGUUGGCAGAUAAGGGUUUAUCAAAAUGUAACAUUAAAAUCGAAUCAUCAGAUCUUCUGGGGUGAUUUCUCAAUUUCCCACACAGAGCUUGUGUAUUCAAUCUUGGUCACAGGUAGGGGACCCCCUGCUAACAGAGAGAGAUUUACAUUUAGUGGGGAGCAGUUCAUUUUUAUCAGGGAGCUUAUACAGAAAGUAACAGCACCUAUAUUUUAUAUUGGUGUUCCUCAACAUUUAGCUUUAAUUUAUUCAUACGAAAAGAUUUUGUUUUGUUUUUUUUGGGCGGGGGAGGGGUUUUGUUUUUUUUGUUUUGUUUUUUGUAAUGUUCUAGGGUCUGAAGUGGACACCCAACACUUGGGACAAUGUUUCAGAAGUCAGGAGAAAGGGAUGAGUAAAAAAAAAAGGCAAACCAGAUGCCACCUGUUUCGGUUUGACUCAGAGGUUUUUAUCAUAUUACUGGAAUAUUAUCAAAAAACCAUCCUGCUCUAGGCCUGUCCUCCUCUGAAAGCACAAUCUGGGACAUCAUUGAAGGAACCUGGAUAUGAGAUUUGAAGCAUUGGGGCUGGAAUAGACAGAAUUCAAAAUGACGCAUCAUUUCAAUGCCGAGCAAGUGAUGUGUUCGCAUAGUCAAGCAAACUUAGCCUCACAGAAGCAGAAUGGCGUUUGACAAGGACUUUAUUAGAAGUCUUCACUUUGUUCGUACUCUGGAAAACCAUUUAUUUGGACAGCAAAACUUGUGGCACAAAAGACGCACAGCCUGGCAGCAACAUGUCUACUAUGGGGAAAAAUUGCAUUUGAUGGGAUCUGAUGCAAGGUUCCUGGGAACAAGCAUUGUUUGGAGGUCAGGGCACAGUUUGUGACAUGGACAAGAUGCCUAAAACUUUAUAAAUGCACCAAAGGCUGUUUCUCCCAAAAACACAUUAGCUGCAGCCAUGCCUAGCUAAAGGGGCAGAUACUCGGGUCAACAUGUUCUCAGUAAACGCAAUAAGCUGAUCUGCGAAGGGAGUCCCGUCAGAACUCUAAUGCGUUAAAGUUUACCAGGCAGUAUAAAGUUACAAUCUGAAUACAAAUAACAGAUUUUAGAUUUUGUUUCCAUUGUACUUAAAAUAUAUUGGGGUAUUAAGAGAAUAUUUUUUUAGUUUGUGUAGCAUUAAAGCGCUUAUUGAACUGUGAUUGAUGUCUUUGUGAAUUUGUUGUGUAACUU